GGCUCAUGGUCGGUUCUCCUCGAGCCGUGAGCUAUCCGAUUCGCAUUCGACCGACGUCUUGGUUUAAAGAAUCACGGGGACAAGACCUUUGAUGAUGACUUGACUUCUGCCGACUGACUGGACUGAGCCGCGGUUACCAGCAGGGUAAACGAAACGAUAUUACGGGGCGAAGCGAGAUAAACGUGAGUGAUUUGCUCCGAUUUGUGCAUCGAGAGUUGCUUAAAUUCCGGGUGAUAAUACGCUACGCCGAAAAGGAGAGGAAAGCGAGAGAGACGCAAAACGGAGAUCUCCGCAGAUCUCCUUAGAUCAGUUUAACAGUUUAUCCGGCACGAGCCGUAAAGUUCGCGACGGAAUCGCCAUUCGAAAGGCCCGCCGAGUUAUUGGAUUCCUCGAGCUAAGAUGAAGCGACAACAGUCCCAGGAACAACAGAGACAGCUGCAACAGCGGCAACAGACCGUCAUGCAGGAACAACAACAACAACAGCAACAAUAUCAGCAACGGACGGAACGACAAGUUACGCGGCAACAGAUCACCAGUCAGCAGAGAGUUCAAGGGGAGGUCGUGAUGCAGUCGACGCCAACGGUACCAGUUUUCACCGGUAAACCGGGUGAUCCCUCGCCGCCCAUUUUCGAACGAAUCUUCAAAAACGCGCGAUUCGCGCAGGGCGGCAAUGCGAUUUUCGAAGGUUGCGUGCGGGGUAAUCCCAAACCGACAGUAUCGUGGACGCACAAGAGUGUGCCGUUAUUGGAAUCACGAAAGAUUCGAAUGUCCUAUGACGACAAUACUGGUGUCGUCACUCUCCAAAUUAAUCAGAUCGGUCCAGGGGACGAGGGAGAGUACACGUGCAGUGCAAAGAACCAAUACGGCGAAGCGAUCUGCUCUGUUUACAUACAACCCGAGGGAUUCGGUCCUCCGGCGCAACAAAUGGCGGACAGUUAUAAGAAAGAAUUUACACAGAGCUUCCAAUCGAGCGAUCAGAGGAUGCAGACCGGAGGUCAAGUCUUCCAACAACGAAGCUACCAGCAAACGGUAGACAAGAGAAGCUAUGUGAAUGGUACAUCGACGAGCAUCGAGGACUUCAAGGUCGACACCUUCGAAUACAGGCUGUUACGCGAAACGGAGUUUCGCGAGUCGAUCACUCGCCGUUUCGUCGGUGAAUCCGACAUUCAAAUUUCUACGACGAUCGAUCGCACCUUGGGACCGGUCGCACCCCCGCAGAUCACACAGAAACCCAGAAACUCGAAACUCAUCGAAGGAUCGGAUGCUGUUUUCACCGCGAAAAUCACCGGCAACCCUAAGCCAAGGUUAACAUGGUUCAAGAACGGCCAGAGAAUCAAAGAUUCCCAACGCGUGGAGACGAGCUAUUCGAAUCAACAAGCUACCUUACGAAUUCGAGUUGCCCAGUCGGACGACAGUGGCCAUUACACAUUAUUGUCCGAAAAUCCUCAAGGGUGCACCGUCAGCUCCGCUUACUUGGCGAUUGAGUCCAGCGAUCAAGUAGAUCAAGCGCAUCAAAGGGAAUUCAUUCAGACCCAACAAGCGGAAUCGACCACUGAGUCUACCGACUCCGGCAAAGUAUUGCCGCCAAAUUUCGUUCGCACUUGCACAGAUAGGGAGACUACCGAAGGCAAGAUGACGAGAUUCGACUGUCGCGUAACCGGUCGUCCGUAUCCCGAGGUGACUUGGUAUAUAAAUGGCCAACAAGUCGCUAAUGACUUGACACACAAGAUUCUCGUGAACGAGUCCGGAAAUAACUCGCUGAUGAUCACGAACGUGAGUCGUGCCGAUGCCGGCGUAGUAACGUGCAUUGCUCGAAACAAGGCCGGAGAAACAUCCUGCCAGUGUAACCUGAGCGUCAUCGAAAAGGAACAAGUGGUUGCGCCGAAAUUCGUCGAGCGCUUCGUCACCACGAGCGUGAAGGAAGGAGAACCCGUGGUCUUCAUGGCACGCGCUGUCGGUACACCGGUUCCACGUAUCACAUGGCAAAAGGACGGCGUACCGAUAACCCCCGGCCCCGAAGUACGUAUAUCGAGCGACGGCAGCGGAGCUUCGACUUUGGAUAUCCCGCGCGCUAAAUUCUCCGAUGCAGCCUGGUACCAAUGCACCGCGCAAAAUGUGGCCGGUUCCACCGCCACCCGAGCGCGGCUCUUCGUCGAGACACCUAAAGGAACGGCCCCGGAACCAAGACGCCUGAAUUUACCCCGACCGACGAAAAUCAUCGAACCAGAACCAGCGCCUGGCCCCGAAGUGAUUUAUUUGAGGCACGUGGAGCGCGCCAAACCUUAUCUGCCGCCACCUGAGGAAGAUAAAAUUUAUCCGCCGCCACGUUUCAUUAUACCGUUGAAGGAUGUCCAUCAGAUCGAAGGUGGACGAAUUCACUUCGAGGCCAGAAUCGAACCGGUGGGCGACCCCACUAUGAGGGUGGAGUGGUACGUCAACGGCAAAGCACUAGACGCGAGUUCCCGAGCAACAUCCAUCUUCCGCUUCGGCUUCAUCUCACUCGAUCUCAUUAGUAUCGUUCUUCAAGACAGCGGCGAAUACGUGUGCCGCGUCGUCAGCUCGACCGGAGUCGCCGAGUCUCGCGCCACCCUCAGCGUGACCCCUCGCGCUACGAUUGAACAAGCGAGCCAACACCCCGACAGUCUUCAGUACAUCCAACAGCUCGAGGAUUACAGCAAGUACCAAAGGCAAGAGAGCGUGGAGGAGACCUCUUCACAGCGGCCGGUUUUCAUCCGUCCGCUCCAGGAUCUUGGUGAGCUACAGGAAGGUCGAAACGCCCAUUUUGAGGCGCAAUUGACUCCUGUUAGCGACCCCACCAUGAAAGUGGAGUGGUACAAGGAUGGAAAACCAAUCACAGCCAGCUCAAGAAUCACUAGCAUCUUCAACUUUGGAUACGUCUCGCUCAAUAUAAUGCACCUACGGGCUGAAGAUGCAGGUUCUUACACAGUGAGAGCUGUGAACCGCUUGGGAGAGGCCAUCAGCUCCGCGACUCUCCGUGUCUUCGCGCGAACGAGCGUAACUACAGACUUGGGUAUCCCCGAGCAACUGAAGUACAUCGAGGCUGCCGAGGAGCUGGAAGCUUAUCAACAGGCCAUGCAUCAGAAAUAUGUGUAUGAACAGCCUGAACCGAGUAGCCCACCGGAGUUUAAAUCGCCUAUUAAAGAUCAGAGCAACAUACGAGAGGGCGGCUUCGCCCAUUUCGAGGCGCGCCUCGAACCAAUUGGCGAUGCCGAUCUUCGUGUCGAAUGGCUUAAGGAUGGACGUCCUGUAGAAGCCAGUUCCCGGAUUACAACAUUCUUUAAUUUUGGCUACGUUGCGUUAACCAUCAAAUACGUAACGAUACACGACGUUGGCGUGUAUACUUGCCGAGCCUACAACAAAGCCGGCGAAGCUCAUACCAAUGCUCAAUUGAGUGUAAUAAGUAAGAACGAUGUUAUUUACGACAGCCAGCAUCCUACGGGUCUGCAGAAGAUCCAAACCCUCGAAGAUUCAAGCAGGUAUACGCGGCAGGUUCAGGAAGAAACGCAGGUUACGCAAGCACCGCGAUUCCUGGGAAAUCUCAAGGGCACCAAUAAGAUCGUGGAAGGACAAAGAGCGCACUUCGAAGCGUGCGUUGAGCCCCAGAGUGAUCUGAGUAUGAAGAUUGAGUGGUAUCAUAAUGGAAAACCCAUUACCGCGGCUAAUAGAAUCCAGACGUAUCACGAUUUCGGGUACGUCGCCAUCGAUAUUCUUCAGGUUCGGUCUGAGGACGCCGGCACAUAUACGGUGGUGGCUACAAACUCCCGAGGAGAAGCUCAACUUUCUGCCACCAUGGUCGUAGAAACGCGUUCCAGCAUAGACACCAGCAGUAUGCACCGCGGCAUUUACGAGAAGACUCAACGCUUAGAGGAAUCCAAGUUCGUCGAGCCGCAUUACCAUAUCGAAGAGAUAUCUAAGUCAAAGCCGAUUUUUAUACAGCCGUUGAACGACCCUAAACCAGUUAGCGAGGGCAAGAACAUUCACUUAGAGUGUCGUCUGGAACCAAUGGGCGACCCAACGAUGAGAGUCGAAUGGUUCCAGAACGGACGUCCUAUCACAGUUGGCUCCAGGUUCCGAACAUACUAUGAUUUCGGAUUCGUCGCACUCGACAUAGUACAUGUCACUGUUUACGAUUCUGGCGAAUACACGGUCAGAGCCACUAAUCAUCUGGGUACCGCGCACACUUCGGCUUGCGUGCGAGUUAUUGGAAGAUCCGACAUCGUCACCGAAACGCAGCACGAGCAAUCGCUCGAGCAAAUACAAAUGCUAGAGGAUUCAUCAAGAUAUCGCAAGACUCAGCAAGAGGAGGUCACUGUGAUGCAAGCUCCUCAGUUCACCCGACCCUUGCACAACAUUGAAACCGUGGAACUGACCAACGUCCACCUGGAAUGUCGUCUUCAGCCGAUCGGCGACUCGACUAUGAAAGUCGAUUGGUUCGUCAACGGACGUCCGGUGAAGACCGGUCAUCGUUUCAGACCGUCUUACGAAUUCGAUUACGUGGCUUUGGACAUCCUCGGUGUCUAUCCCGAAGACUCUGGUGUAUACACCUGCCAAGCAAGAAAUCAGCUCGGCGAGGCAGUCACUUCGUGCUCCGUGAGAGUACACGCGAAGAAGGAUUUGCUUCUCGAAUCGCAACAUCCCGAAGGAUUGGAAAGAAUACAAUAUCUCGAGGACGCUUCGCGAUACAAAAGGCACGAGCUCGUCGACGAAGUUGUCAAUGUGAAGCCCAAAUUCAUCACAAAGCCAAAGAAUCAAGAGAACCUCCGAGAAGGACAACACGCCCAUUUUGAGUGCAAAUUGGAGCCGGUGACGGAUUCGAAUUUGAAAGUCGAGUGGUUCAAAAACGGUCGUCCAGUAACAAUAGGACACCGAUUUCGUCCGAUUCACGAUUUCGGUUACGUCGCAUUAGACGUGAUCGACCUGAUCGCCGAGGAUUCUGGCACUUACACUUGCCGCGCCGUUAAUCUGGUAGGCAGCGACGAAGUGUGCUGCACUUUAUCGUGUCGCUUGACCGCUCAAAUUUUAACGGACACGCAAAAUGAAGUUGGACUCGAGCAAAUUCAAUAUCUUGAGGACAGAUCGAAAUACCAAAGACAAGAAGUCAUCGAAGAAACAACCACUCAAGCGCCCAUUUUCACAACUUCGCUGAAUAAUGUCGAGAUAAAGGAAGGUCAACGAGCACACUUUGAGUGCCGUUUAAUUCCUGUAUCCGACGCGACCAUGAAAGUCGAAUGGUUCCACAAUAACGUGCCCGUAAAAGCUGGUUCCAGAUUCGUCGAGACGAACAGUUUCGGUUUCGUCGCGCUCGAUAUCAUGUACGCGUAUCCUGAAGAUUCUGGAACGUACACUUGCAGAGCCAAGAAUAUCAUCGGCGAAGCUAUCACUUCUGCGACCGCUGUCGUUCACUCUAAGAAAUCGAUCUACACGGAGACACAAAAUGAAGAAACGCUUCAACGUCUUCGCAACUUGGAGGACACGUCUCGCUAUCAGCGUAAGACUACAACCGAGGAAAUCGUCACACAAGCACCUGUUUUCACGACGCCGAUAAAGGAUCUCCGCGUCGCCGAGAACCAAGCGGCGCAUUUCGAGGCGCGUGUCAUCCCAGUUGGAGAUCCGAAGCUCAAAGUAGAAUGGCUGCGAAAUGGAGUUCCCAUUUCUGCCUCAAAUCGCGUGACGACUAUGCACGACUUUGGAUACGUCGCCUUGAACAUGAAGUAUGUCAAUCCCGAAGACUCAGGCACUUACACGUGCCGUGCGACAAACGAACUCGGAGAAGCAGUUACUUCGGCAACAUUGUUCGUCCAAUCCAAGGCGGCCUUGCAAUUUGAAUCGCAACACGAGAGUGCUUUGUCGAAACUCCAAGCCCUAGAGGAUACCUCGAAAUAUCAGCGUCGUGAGGAAGAUGAGAUCGUGGUAAAUGAAAAGCCGUCCUUUACGGUCCAACUGAACGGGCCUACCAAUCUAGUUGAAGGUCAAAGCGCACACUAUGAGUGUCGCAUAGAGCCUUAUCCUGAUCCCAAUAUGAAGGUGGAGUGGUUCCACAAUGGCAAACCACUGUCCACCGGUCACAGGUAUAGAACUACCUGCGACUUUGGAUUCGCGUCGCUGGACGUGUUGACCGUGUACGCUGAGGAUUCGGGCACGUAUACUUGCCAGGCCACCAAUAAAUUAGGGUCGGCCAAGAGCUCGAUUAAUCUUGACGUGAAAUCGCGAGCGUCGAUUAUUCAUGAUACACAGCACGAGAGCGCGUUGAAGAAGAUACAAUUCCUCGAGGAUGACUCGCGAUACAAGCGCAUACCCGAGGAAGACAAAAUUAUUGCCGAGAAGCCCGCUUUCGGCCGACCACUGAAGAAUAUUGAACACCUGCCGGAAGGCAAGAAUGCUCAUCUUGAAGCUACAUUGACACCCGUGAACGAUCCGACAAUGGUUGUCGAAUGGUUCAGAAACGGACGUCCUAUUCCUCAGGGACAUAAAUUUAAAACUACUUAUGACUUUGGAUACGUCGCUCUCGAUAUUCUAUACGCUUAUCCUGAAGAUUCUGGCACCUACAUGUGCAAAGCAAGGAACGCCGUUGGCGAGGCCGUUACUACUUGUGUGAUCAGCGUGGAUUCAAAGCAAGGCUUGUUCCUGGACACGCUGGACGCUCAGCGUUUACAGAAAAUUCGUGAACUGGAAACUGUCGAAAUCAAGCAGGAAGUUGAGAAAGAGAUUAUUCACCAGAAACCUGUGUUCCUGACACCGUUGAACAAUCUGGAUCAUCUCAAGGAAGGCGAGCACGCUCAUCUGGAAUGCCGUGUCGAGCCAAUCAACGAUCCAAAUUUGAAAAUCGAAUGGUUUGUCAAUGGAGUCGCAAUUAAAACUGGUCAUCGCUUCCGUACUACACACGAUUUUGGUUACGUUGCUCUCGAUAUUCUUUACACCUAUCCCGAAGAUUCCGGUACCUACAUGUGCAAAGCUACCAAUCUGGCCGGCGAAGCCGUUAACACUUGCACCAUCAAAGUUGGCUCACGUCGAAGCAUUCUCCUGGACACUCAACAUCCAGACGGGCUAGAAAAGAUUCGAGAAUUAGAGGCUCAAGGUCGCCCCGCACGAUUGGAAGUUGAGGAACCGCCAGUGACACCACCGAGAUUCGUCACUGAACUCAGGGGCACAACGGAAAUAUACGAGGGACAAACUGCUCACUUCGAGUGCCAAAUCGAGCCACUGCACGAUGCCAACCUGCGAAUCGAGUUCUUCCACAAUGGCAAGCCGUUACCGUCGGCAGCGCGUUUCCACGUAACGUUCGACUUCGGAUACGUGGCUUUAGACAUCGGCCACGCCGUGCCCGAGGACGCAGGACAAUACUCUGUGCGAGCAAUCAACGCGCUAGGACAAUGUGUGUCGUCUAUCGAACUCAAGGUGAUUCCGCGGGACAACAUUAUCCUGGACUCACAACGGCCGGAAGGCAUGGACAAGAUCCGAGAGCUCGAGGCUCAGCAGCCGUGGAAGAGACCGGAUGUGCCGGAGCCUCAAACCCGGCAGCGACCUGUCUUCACGCAACCUCUGCAAAACAUCGAUGGCAUCGCCGAGGGUCAUACCGCGCACUUCGAGUGCAGGCUCAUACCCGUGGGCGAUCCUAUGCUCAAAGUGGAGUGGUUCAGGAACGAAGUGCCUCUCGAGACAAGUUCUCGAAUCACAAAGGUGCAUGACUUCGGUUUCGUAUCCUUGGACAUUGCUCACGUACGCGACGAAGACGAAGGUGUUUACAUGUGUCGCGCUUCUAAUCCUUUGGGUGAAGCUGUUACCACAGCUUCGAUGAAGAUUAAGACCAAGGCGAGUAUACAACUCGACACUCAGCAUCCAGAAGCUCAACGUAGAAUCGCUCAACUGGAAGCCGACAAGGGAGUUGGCCGACCCGAGGAGCCGGAGAAGGUCUUCGAUAAACCGAUCUUCACGCAAUUGUUAACCGGUCCCACCGAGCUCUGGGAAGGACAAAUGGCUAGAUACGAAUGCAGAGUUGUUCCCGUUGGCGAUGCAAGUUUGAGAUUCGAAUGGUACAUGAAUGGAGUCGAAUUGAAAAUGGGCUCACGCUUCCACGUAAGCCACGACUUUGGGUACGUGACGUUGGAUAUUCUGAAAGUAAUCUCUGAGGACUCCGGAGUCUACACUUGCAAAGCGAUCAACAAUGCGGGCGAGGCUGUCUCAUCAAUCUCGCUGAAAGUGAAAGCGCGAUCGGCCAUCGAUUCGGACAGUAUACAGGCAAACGCGUGGCAGAAGAUUCAAUUGAAGGAAGCGGAAAUGAACAAAGUGCCAGAAAUGUUCGUCGACACGACGCCGCAACAGGCGCCAGUCUUCACCAAGCACCUCGAGAGCUACGACAAGCUUGUAGAAGGUCAACGCGUAUACCUGGAAGCUCAGGUGGAACCACGAGCAGAUCCCAAUUUGAGAGUAGAAUGGUUCAAGAACGGUAUACCUUUGCAGACUGGAACUAGACUCCGUAGCACAUUCGAUUUUGGCUUAGUGACUUUAUCGAUCAACGGUCUGAGAGCGGAUGAUUCUGCAAUUUACACUUGCAAGGCAACCAAUCUUUUGGGAGAAGCCGUGUCUACCUGCACCUUAAAGAUCGCCGACCGCCAUUGGCUUUUGGGAGACACUUUGCAUCCGGACGCUUUGUCGAAGAUCGACGCUCUGGAGCAGCCUCACAUAAUUUCCGCUGAACAACCCGAGCCUAUCUACGAAGAACCGGUGUUCAUCACUCACCUCAACAACGUGGAAUGCAUUGAAGGUGAAAACGCUCACUUUGAGUGUAACGUUGAACCAUCGAAAGAUCCAACCAUGAAGAUCGAGUGGUUCCUGAACAGUAAACCUUUACCGACUGGCGCGAGAUUCAAGUCCACCUAUGAUUUUGGCUACGUUGCUCUAGACUUGACUCAUGCUUACGAAGAGGAUUCUGGAGUAGUCACCGUCAAAGCCACAAACUCUAAGGGAAGCGCGCAGACCUCGGGUACCUUAAAAUGCACCAGCAAGCAAAAUAUCUAUCUGCAAACGCAACAUCCACAAGGAGAAGCCGGAUUUGAGAAAGUAAAGGAAGCCGAGGACGCGUACUUGUCCAAGUACAAGAGACCAGAGGAUGCUCCCGAGCACGAAUAUCCCAAACCGAUUUGGACAGUGCCUCUUUUGCCAGAGUUCAAACUGGGAGAGUCUGAACCGUUACAUCUAGAAGGACAAGUCGAGCCGAAGGAUGAUCCAAAUUUGAAGAUUGAUUGGUACUUCAACGGGAAACCUUUGGAACACGGCUCACGCUUCAAGAUGACUAGCGAUUUUGGAUUCGUCACUCUAGACCUAACAGAUGUUUACGAGCGUGACUCCGGCAUUUACACUUGCAAGGCUCAUAACCGAGCGGGCGAGGCUUUCACAUCAACGACAGUUUAUUGCUCCACGAAGGAGAAUAUCAUCGAAAAGUCGCAACAUCCUAAAGGCAAAGAAGGUCUCGAGGCGAUUCAGGACUUGGAGGAGUCUCUGAAACGACAAGAAGGACUUCCACCAAGCGACGAAGAGGGUCAACCGCCGAUGUUCACGUCGCAAUUCGAGAAUCUAACCAAUUUAUCAGAAGGAGAAAUCGCUCACUUCGAGGCGUCUCUCAUUCCUACCGGCGAUCAAACUAUGGUGGUUGAAUGGUUUUAUAAUGGCAAGGCAUUGGAAGCUAGUCACCGUACGAGAACAGUUUACGCUUUCGGCAUGGUUGUGCUCGAGGUUCUCGGAACUAAAAUCGAGGAUUCCGGUACCUACACUUGCAGAGCCACUAACAAGUGGGGCAAAGCGGAAAUCAGCGUGGAACUGGAAUGCGUGGACAAGUCCAAGGGACAGAAACCAAAAUUCACCACACAGAUUCAAUCGUUAGAGGGUUUGAAGGACGGCCAAUCCGCUCACUUUGAGUGCACUCUGAUCCCGGUGGGUGAUCCUCAUAUGAAAGUCGAAUGGUUCCAUAACGGUAAGCCUCUGCGACAUUCUUCGCGCUUUAAGAUGGUGUCCGAUUUUGGAUUCGUUGUUAUGGACAUUGCUGGAGUGAUGUCUCACGAUACCGGCGAAUACGUUUGUAAAGCCAGUAACAAAUACGGCGAGGAUUAUACAAAGGCCACAAUCAAGUGCUUCGGAAAGAGCGGAGUCUACUUAGACUCCUUACAGCCAGACUCGCUCGCCAGAAUCCGAGAGCUCGAGAGUUACGGCGGAGAGCAAGCAACCACCCCGACAACUCCAGUCGCUGAACCGCCGAAAUUCAUUACGCAGAUCGCCGACAUUACGAAGCUCGUGGAAGGACAGUCGGCGCACUUUGAGGCCAGACUAACUCCGGUAACCGAUCCCGACUUGAAGGUCGAAUGGUAUUACAACGGUAAGAAGCUUCCUCACGGCCAUCGAUACCGCACUUUCCACGAUUUUGGCAUCGUCAUCUUGGAUAUACUCUAUUGUUACGAGGAGAAUUCCGGAGCUUAUGAAUGCAGGGCCGUCAAUAAGUACGGCGAAGAUUCUACAAAAGCGACGCUCAAAUGCUUCUCCAAGGCUAAUCUCGUGUUGGAGUCGCAGUUGCCGAAAGGUAUGGAAGGAGGCCUUGAGAAGAUCCAAAACCUCGAAGAUGCGAUGAUACGUACAAAGGAUGAGAAGGUCGUGGAGGAGCGUGGCAAGGCACCUGUGUUCACUGUGCCUUUGAGUAAUAUCGAUGGACUUCGCGAGGGAGAAAGCUCGCAUUUCGAAGCACGAUUGACACCUACGGACGAUCCAAAAUUGAAGGUCGAAUGGUUCUGGAACGGUAAACCGUUGCGAACGGGAUCUCGUUUCCGCACCUUCUGCGACUUUGGUUUCGUCAUUUUGGAAAUUUCCCCCAUUUACCCCGAGGAUUCCGGCGAAUACAGUUGCAGAGCGACGAACGACUAUGGCGAGGCUGUGACAACGUGCACGAUGAAGUGUACGGGCAAACGCAGCAUUAUCUUGGAAUCCCAACUGCCCAAAGGUAUGGAGAGCACGAUCGAUAAGAUUGCUGAGUUGGAAGGCCUUGGAAACGUCCCGGGUCAAGCUAGUCCCGACGACGAUACUGGAAGACCGCCUGAGUUCAUCACGACUCCUUCCGAUCUGACUCUGGCCGAAAACUCUCUUGCUCAUUUCGAGUGUCGGCUACAGCCGAUCAAUGACUCUAGCAUGAGGGUCGAGUGGUUCCACAACGGCAAACCUCUUCUCGCCGGAAGCAGAGUGAAAACGAUCCAUGACUUUGGUUUCGUCAUUCUGGAAGUCGCGAAUUGCUAUCAACGUGACUCCGGCUUGUAUACUUGCAAAGCCACCAAUCGUCAUGGCGAGGCGACCGUAUCGUGCAAACUUCAAGUGCGGGGUCGUCAGGGUAUCAUCUUGGAACCUCAAUUGCCGAGCAACUUUAAAACCGGUACGGAAAGCAUUCAGAAAUUAGAAGAAUCCCUGUACAAAAAAGAUGAGAUCUUAGCGGAGGAGGAGAAACCGAAUCCGCCGAGAUUCAUCGUCGAGUUGAAGGAUAUCGAAGUUGAAGAAGCCGGACCGAGUCAUUUCGACUGCAGAGUCGAGCCUGUCGGUGAUUCCUCCAUGCGCAUCGAUUGGUUCCACAACGGUCGGCCUUUCGCGACAGGCUCUCGAGUUCAUCAGAUCAACGACUUUGGAUUUAUAUCUUUGGAUAUGUCGUACACGUACGCCCGAGACAGCGGUGAAUACGUCUGCAGAGCUACUAACAAAUGGGGUUCUGCUACUACUAAGGCCACUAUCACUUGCAAAUCCAAGAAAGCGAUAGACUUUGAUUCUCAACUGCCAUCGGGGAUGAGUGGCGAGAAGUUGAAGGAAUUAGAGCGAGGACCAGUCACUCAAGCUCCCGCGGAAGAACCACCACGUCAACCUCCUCAUUUCAUCACGCAGAUUCAAUCAGCGACCGUUGACGAGUCUGAACCAAUCAGAUUUGAAUGCCGCGUAGAGCCCAAGGAUGAUCCUAACCUGCGCAUCGAAUGGUACAGAAACGACAAAUUGAUACCUGCAGGACACAGAUACAGAGCGGUGUAUGAUAUGGGAUUCGUAUCGAUGGACAUUCUAUACGUGUAUCCCGAAGAUUCCGGCGAAUACGUUUGUAAAGCAAUCAACGAUCUUGGAGAGGACACCACCCGCGCCUCAGUUUCUUGCAAAAAAUUGCCGAGUAUCAUUCUGCAGAAUCAAGUACCAAAGGGCAUGAAAAAAUCCGAAGCUCUGAUGCAGAUGGAAGCGACAAUCAAGAAGUACACUUCGGAGGUUCACUUGACUGAGGAUGAUCUAUACGACGCGGAUAAAAAACAACCACCUCGUUUCGUCACGCAGAUUCAAGAUCAGAUGGAUCUUGUUGAAAUGAACAGCACCAAGUUCGAAUGCCAACUGGCACCUGUAGGUGAUCCAAAUAUGAAGGUCGAAUGGUUCUUCAACGGUAAACCGUUGCCCCAUAAGAAUCGAUUCACACCCAUCUAUGACUUUGGUUACGUGGCGAUGAACUUUGGUUGGGUCUAUCCGGAAGACAGCGGUGAAUAUUUGUGCAGAGCUACGAAUCUUUACGGUAUGGAUGAAACAAGAGCCGUGAUCAGAACUGCCGGAAAACCAGGAAUUAUCUACGAAUCUCAGCUCCCGAAAGGCAUGAAGAGUAUUGAGAAAAUCAGAGAAAUGGAAGCAGCAUGGCAAAUCGUACCGGAAGAGGAAGGUGAGGAAGAAAAGGUCCGCUCAGCGCCGGUCUUCGUGAGCAAACCAGAACCAGUGACCGUCGAGGAAGGUGACUGGUCUAGGUUCUGCUGUCGAGUUACCGGACAUCCAAGACCUCGAGUCAUGUGGAUAAUUAACAGUCACACAGUAGUCAAUGGGUCCCGCUAUAAAUUGACGUACGAUGGCAUGUAUCAUCUGGAUAUUCCAAAAACUAGGCAAUAUGAUCACGGAAAGGUAGAAGUGAUCGCGAGAAGCUCCGUUGGCGAGACACGCACGGAAACGACCUUGACGGUCAAGCAGCGAAGCGAUGAUUACCGUGGUGUACUGAAAAAUUCGCCAAGACCGUGGUACGAUUAUGGGCUAACACAGUACCAGACCGAGCGACAGAACACAGAGCUCGAGCGUGUGUUCGACGAGCGUCACCAAAGCGUUUCCCAAGGCAUCGAGAUCGCCACAGAGCAUCUCGGGCAUAAGGUCAUCAAAGAACCUGAGACCGACUGGCAAAAGUCUGUUAAGAGCAAAAAGAAUGAAGACUACUACAGUAAGCUGAUGAAUCUCGAGGAGAAGCAGGUGCUCAAAGAGUCCAGAUUGAGAGAGGCCUCUCAUCAGUUCGCUAUUCCUGGCGACAAGCUCGUCUCUAGUUCCUUGGCAAAGGGAAUGGCUUACAAGUACGAAGAAAAUUUAGACGAGACAACUCAACCACCGGCGCAAACACCACCUCCAAAGUACGUGAAGAAGCCGUUCGUUACUGAAGUGGACAUUGACACGGAACGCGUGAAAGCCACAGGGAAAUAUCCGCCGGAGCCGUCCGAGUCCACCGUUCACGGCCGCGAAGUUCACGUAGCCAAACAGAAGCAGACGCAGAAGGAAGUGAAAGGCGAUAUGGAGAUAACGAGGAAGAUCACAGCUACGGAAACGACGGAGGUCGAGCACAAAGGCAAGACGCAGGAACGUGUGGUUCAAGGCCAAGUAAAACCGGCAAAACCGCCCGUCUUUACAAAGAAGAUUCAACCCUGCAGAGCAUUCGAACAGGAGCAGGCUAAGUUCGAGGUCGAAUUUGAUGGAGACCCAUUGCCGACUAUUAAAUGGUACCGCGAAGAUUUCCCAAUCCAAAAUUCGGCCGACCUCCAGAUUUAUACCUUCAGCACCAAAUCGGUGUUGAUUGUCCGGCAAGUCUUCAUGGAAGACUCCGGCGUCUUCUCCGUCAUCGCUGAGAACAGAGGUGGAAAAGCCAAGUGCAGCGCCAACUUAGUCGUGGAGGAGCGCAGGAGGCAACCUGGACGUGGUGGAGCGAUACCACCUAGUUUCUUAUCGACAAUUCAAUCCACUUCACUAGCUACCGGUCAACUCGCUAGAUUCGACGCCAAGAUAACCGGCACUAAACCGUUGGACGUUUAUUGGCUCAAGAAUGGCAAGAAAGUGACGACGGAUAUCCGUUACAAAACUCUGGAAGAAGACAAUACGUUCACCCUCCUGAUCUUAGAGACAGUUCCGGAGGAUACUGGCAAGUACGAAUGCGUUGCAAUCAACAGUGCUGGAGAAGCUCGUUGCGAAGCGGAAUGUACCGUUCGCGGACCCCAAUCCCCGACGAAGACUUCGAAACCCACGACACCGACAGCGGAGAAAGCUCCCACCGUCUUGGAGCCGUUGAAGGAUCAAACUAUCAAGGAAGGAACUUCAGUCGCCUUCGCCUGCAGGAUUACAGGAAAACCAGUUCCUACUGUGCAGUGGAAGAAAGCCGACAAGGUGAUCAAGCCGUCCAAGUAUUUCCAAAUGCAGAAGGAAGGCGAUAUGUGCACUCUGAGGAUUUCCGAGGCGUUCCCCGAAGACGAAGGUGUUUACAAAUGCAUCGCUAAGAACCCAGCCGGUGAGGUGACCACAUCCGCCAAUCUCAGAGUUCUCGCGCCCGACACGGCCGACGUGCUGCCGAAGCUGACGCCUCUGAAGGAUCAGAUCGUCAUGGAAGGACAGCCGGCGCAGUUUAAGACCCAAGUGAGCCCGGCGAAACCCAAGCCGACGAUUCAGUGGUAUCGAGAGGGUGCCCUGAUCCCACAGUCGCCGGACUUCCAGAUGAUUCACGAAGGCAACAACGCGGUGCUACUCAUAGCAACCACCUACGAGGAGGACACCGGCACCUUCACCUGCCGCGCUACUACUUCGGCCGGUACUGUAGAAACAUCCGCCAAACUCAUCGUCAAAAAAAGGACAGAUGUGCGCUACGCGGUUCCCGCGGAAACUGGCGCCGGCACAGAAGUAGAUGAGAGAUUUGGUCCAGAUUCGAGGAAGGAUAUCGUCUUGAGGCCCUUGAGUCUCGACGAAAAUGGUUUACCUGUUGAAGUACAACUUCAAGCAGGCGACGAGUCUCUACCUUGGCGAAAGGGACGCGUUCAGCAUCGACCUCGAAUUAGCGAUUCGAUGCCAUGGCAGAAAGUAAAACCAAGAGAUUCGUCCUUAGACAAGCUCCGAGCCUUCGAGAGCCAGAUAAAACCAUGGACUGAGGAAGAAGUAGUUUUGAAGAAAACUCCGCAGAUUGCCAAGGAUGUAACGAAGGAAAAACUGGAAGAAGUCGAGUUGAGGCCGUCGAAGAUCGAGAAGAAAGAAAUUCAAGCAACUGAUCUUGAAACUGUCAAGUUGAAAUCCGUGCCUAAAGAUACAACAAAGAUCGUCGAAACUGAGGAAAAAAUUGCACGUACUGACGAUACCGCAACUCAACUUUAUUCGGAGGAAACAGAUACCACUCUUUUGAGAAAAUCACGUCGUGUGGAUAAAACUUUGUUGAAGAAGGAGAAAACUGAGGAAGGAAAACCAUGGACAGAAGAGCAAGUAACUUUGAAGAAAACAAAACCAAAAAAUAUCACGGAAGAAGAUACUGUGAAAAAGAUGGAUUAUGUUGAACAGGAAGAUACUUCUUUGCUUACCACUUUAAAGGAGGAAGAAAUGAUAAAGAUACAGAAGGAGCAGCUUGUUCCAGAGAAACUAGAACAGCCAAAAUCAUGGAUAGAGGAAAAGAUCGCCCUGAAAAAGGCAAAACCAGAAAGAAAGGAAGCGCCUAAAGAGACAUUAGAGACCGUCUCAUUGAAACCUUCAAAAAUAGUGAAGAAAGACAUUGCAAAGCCAACUAUAGAAAAGGUAGAUCUCAAACCAGUUCCAACCGAAGGAUCUGAAAUAAUUUCAGUGGAAGAAGACGUUUCACGUGUUGACAUUACCACAGUCAAAGAAACGAGAAGGGAAAGCAAAGAAAUAGAUAGAAUAAUCAUAGAUCAGACCAAACCGUGGACAGAGGAGAAAAUUACAUUGAAGAAAUCCAAACCUAUCCGAAAAGAAAUAGAGAAAGAGGUGGUAGAAACGACAGAAUUGAAACCAUCUAGACCAGCCAAAUCGGUAGUCCAGAAGCCAAGUUUAGAGAAAGUAGAUUUGAAACCAGUCACAAAAGAAAAGACGGAUGUAAGUGUUACAGAAACCACUGAGAAGGUCGGUUAUGUUGAACAGGAAGAUACUACGUUACUUCAAGUUUCCACUGAGACGCAGGAUGUUACCAAGAUGAAACCAUCAAAGAAACCAACACGCAAAGAUGUAGCACCAUAUGCUGCGGAAGAAGAUAUUGCCCUGCUUAAAGUUACAUCCGAACGAGAAACCACAAUUAAAGUCGACAAAAAACCAAAGAAGGAAGAGGAAAUCCCACAAAAAACAUUGCAGACUAAACCAUGGACGGAAGAAAAAGUGAUGUUAAAACGGACAAAACCGGAGCAAAAAGAAAUACAGAAGGAGACUUUGGAAGAAGUAUCGUUAAAACCAGUACAAAAAGUAGAGAAAGUAGUAUCAAAGGAGGAAGUAGAAAAAAUCGAUUUGAAACGUGUCGAAGUAAAAACUACGGAAGAUAUUGAAGAGAAGAAAACCACCGUUGUAAAACUCGAUGUUAAAAAGCAACAGGAUAAAACACCGUAUCACGAAGAAGAGGAUAAGGCUAUUCUCGAAGUAAGUAAAGAUGUAGAGUCUACUAAGAAAAGAACGUUAGAAAAAACUGUUCGACCAAAAGAUGAGAAGCAACCCGUCACAGAUGUACCAUACACAGAAGAGGAAGAUAAAAUGAUCCUCGCAAUCGAUAAAACCGAUGAAACAACUGUAAAACAAAUAAAAGAGGAGGUAUCUCUACCGUGGAUUAGAGGAAAGAAAGCGAAAGAAAAGAAACAAGUUGAAGAGAAGCCGGAAGAGACUCUUCCAGUACUCAAGAUUCCUUUCAAAGACAAACCACGAAAAAUAAUUGAGCAGAAAGAAGAGCCAAUCGAAGAUAUACGAGCGGUAACGUUGAAACCAAUGAAACGUCCGGAACGAACUCAAGAAGUUGUCGAACAGGAGAAAAUCGAAUUGAAACCGGUACAACGUAUACCAAAAGUAGAAAAAGAGAAAGAAGAAAUUGUACUAAAGCCCAUUCCAAAGCCGAAGGUCGACGAAAAAGAAAUAAAGUUGGAACCGUCUCAAGUAAGUAAACCUGAAGAGAAACCAGAAGAAGAUAAGUCUUCAGAGAUUUCAGAAGCUCCUUGGCGUCGUAAACCAAAGCCUGUGAAAAUUCAGAAAAUUCCAGAUACAGAAGCACCAGAAGAAGAGAAGUUUAAGGAACAAGUAGAGUUGCCUUGGAAACGUGGAAAGAAACCAGCCGUUGUUAAAUCAGAAAAACCAGAAGAGGAAGUGAAAGAAGAUAUUAAGGAGAUAUCCGAAAUAACAUGGCGAAAACCUAGAAAAGAUAAAGAGAUCAAAGUUGUUAAAGAAGAACCGCCAAUUGAAGACAUUACAUCCAUUAAGUUAAAACCGACAAAACGGCAGGAGAAACUGGAAGAAAAGAAAUCGAUGGAAGAGAUUGCUCUCAAACCAGUAAAACGUACAACUAAAGAACAAGAAGAACGUGAACAAAUAACUCUCAAACCAUUCGUAAAAGAAAAAGAAGAAAUAACUUUAAAACCAGAAAAAGUUAGCGAAAUUAUUAAUGGCGAAGUACCUACUGAGAAAACAGAAUUACCAUGGAAACGUGGAAAGAAACUAGUGCCAAAAGUAACACAGGAAGUGGAAAAACCUAAAAUCGAAGAAAUAACACCCGAACCGAUUAAAAGAAUUGAAAAGCCAGAGAAACUUGAAGAAAAACCUGAAGUUGUUCAGCUGAAACCAGUGAAAAGAAGAGAGAAACCAGAAGAACCAAAACCCGAGGAAGUCGUAUUAAAACCUGUGAAAAGACUUCCUAAAGAAGAGGAAACGAAGGAAGAGAUUAGCUUGAAACCAGUGGAAAGAAAGAAACCGGAGGAGAAACCGGAGGAAGUUAAAUUAAAACCAGUGAAACGAAUAGAGAAACCAGAAGAACCAAAACCCGAGGAAGUCGUAUUAAAACCUGUGAAGAGACUUCCUAAAGAGGAGGAAACGAAGGAAGAGAUUAGUUUGAAACCAGUGGAACGAAAGAAACCGGAGGAGAAACCGGAGGAAGUUAAAUUAAAACCAGUAAAGAGAAUAGAGAAACCAGAAGAACCAAAACCUGAGCAAGUCGUAUUAAAACCUGUGAAAAGACUUCCUAAAGAGGAGGAAACAAAGGAAGAAAUUAUCUUGAAGCCGGUGGAAAGAAAGAAACCGGAGGAGAAACCAGAAGAAAAACCGGAAGAUGUUCAGCUGCAACCAAUAAAAAUAGAGAAACCUGAAGAAUCAAAGCCCGAAGAGGAAAAACCAACAGAGGUGAUGGAAAUGCCGUGGCGGCGUGGAAAGAAACUAGUACCAAAAGUAACACAGGAAGUGGAAAAACCUAAAAUCGAAGAAAUAACACCCGAACCGAUUAAAAGAAUUGAAAAGCCAGAGAAACUUGAAGAAAAACCUGAAGUUGUUCAGCUGAAACCAGUGAAACGAAUAGCGAAACCAGAAGAACCAAAACCCGAGGAAGUCGUAUUAAAACCUGUAAAAAGACUUCCUAAAGAGGAGGAACCGAAGGAAGAGAUUAGCUUGAAACCGGUGGAACGAAAGAAAUCGGAGGAGAAACCGGAGGAAGUUAAAUUAAAACCAGUGAAACGAAUAGAAAAACCAGAAGAACCAAAACCCGAGGAAGUCGUAUUAAAACCUGUGAAGAGACUUCCUAAAGAGGAGAAAACGAAAGAAGAGAUUAGCUUGAAACCGGUGGAAAGGAAGAAACCAGAAGAGAAACCGGAGGAAAAACCCGAAGAUGUUCAGCUGAAACCAAUUAAAAUAGAGAAACCCGAAGAAUCAAAGCCCGAGGAGGAAAAACCAACAGAGGUGAUGGAAAUGCCGUGGCGGCGUGGAAAGAAACUAGUACCAAAAGUAACACAGGAAGUGGAAAAACCUAAAAUCGAAGAAAUAACACCCGAACCGAUUAAAAGAAUUGAAAAGCCAGAGAAACUUGAAGAAAAACCUGAAGUUGUUCAGCUGAAACCAGUGAAACGAAUAGAGAAACCAGAAGAACCAAAACCCGAGGAAGUCGUAUUAAAACCUGUGAAAAGACUUCCUAAAGAAGAGGAAACGAAGGAAGAGAUUAGCUUGAAACCAGUGGAAAGAAAGAAACCGGAGGAGAAACCGGAGGAAGUUAAAUUAAAACCAGUGAAACGAAUAGAGAAACCAGAAGAACCAAAACCCGAGGAAGUCGUAUUAAAACCUGUGAAAAGACUUCCUAAAGAAGAGGAAAUGAAGGAAGAAAUUACCUUGAAACCGGUGGAAAGGAAGAAACCGGAGGAGAAACCAGAAGAAAAACCGGAAGAUGUUCAGCUGAAACCAAUGAAAAUAGAGAAACCUGAAGAAUCAAAGCCCGAAGAAGAAAAACCAACAGAGGUGAUGGAAAUGCCGUGGCGGCGUGGAAAGAAACUAGUGCCAAAAGUAACACAGGAAGUAGAAAAACCUAAAAUCGAAGAAAUAACACCCGAACCGAUUAAAAGAAUUGAAAAGCCAGAGAAACUUGAAGAAAAACCUGAAGUUGUUCAGCUGAAACCAGUGAAACGAAUAGAGAAACCAGAAGAACCAAAACCCGAGGAAGUCGUAUUAAAACCUGUGAAAAGACUUCCUAAAGAAGAGGAAACGAAGGAAGAGAUUAGCUUGAAACCAGUGGAAAGAAAGAAACCGGAGGAGAAACCGGAGGAAGUUAAAUUAAAACCAGUGAAACGAAUAGAGAAACCAGAAGAACCAAAACCCGAGGAAGUCGUAUUAAAACCUGUGAAAAGACUUCCUAAAGAAGAGGAAACGAAGGAAGAAAUUAGCUUGAAACCAGUUGAACGAAAGAAACCGGAGGAGAAACCGGAGGAAGUUAAAUUAAAACCAGUAAAGAGAAUAGAGAAACCAGAAGAACCAAAACCCGAGGAAGUCGCAUUAAAACCUGUGAAAAGACUUCCUAAAGAAGAGGAAACGAAGGAAGAGAUUAGCUUGAAACCAGUGGAACGAAAGAAACCGGAGGAGAAACCGGAGGAAGUUAAAUUAAAACCAGUGAAACGAAUAGAGAAACCAGAAGAACCAAAACCCGAGGAAGUCGUAUUAAAACCUGUGAAGAGACUUCCUAAAGAGGAGGAAACGAAGGAAGAGAUUAGCUUGAAACCAGUGGAACGAAAGAAACCGGAGGAGAAACCGGAGGAAGUUAAAUUAAAACCAGUAAAGAGAAUAGAGAAACCAGAAGAACCAAAACCCGAGGAAGUCGUAUUAAAACCUGUGAAAAGACUUCCUAAAGAAGAGGAAACGAAGGAAGAGAUUAGCUUGAAACCAGUGGAAAGGAUGAAACCAGAGGAGAAACCGGAGGAAAAACCCGAAGAUGUUCAGCUGAAACCAAUUAAAAUAGAGAAACCUGAAGAAUCCAAGCCCGAGGAGGAAAAACCAAAAGAAGUAACAGAAAUGCCGUGGCGACGUGGUAAACGAGUUAAAAAAGUCGUCGAUUUCAGAGAUGAAGUUACCGUAGUGCCCAUCGACCAAGAAGAAUCAGUUACAGAAGUUAGCGAAGAGAAAGAAACAGUGAUAAUUACAACGAAAGAUAUAGAAGAAAAGAUUGAAAAGAAAGUAGAACCAAUUCAAUUUCACGAAGAAAAACAAGUAACCGAGGAAGUGGUUGCAACAAGCGAAGUUUCGUGGAGAAAGAAAAAGCCAAAGCCAAUAAAAUUAGAAGAGGAAAAAGAAACUGUUGUAUUGAAGCCCGUCGAAAAAGCAGAAAAAUUAGAACCUAAGAAACCCGAAGAGCAUGUCCCGACUAUAGUUAAAGAGGAAAUAUUAACCGAGGUAAUUGAAAAGGACGUGAUUCAACCGAAACCCGUUCUCCAGAAAAUUGAGAAAGAAAAAGUAAUAGAGGAAGUUAAAUUAAAGCCGGUAAUUAAAGAAGUCACGGAAGAAAAACCAAAGGAAGAAAAAAUUAUCGAGUUAAAACCUGUGCAAUUGGAGGAGCAAAUAAUGAAAGUGGACGAGAAAGAUGAAACUGUUACUGAAAUAACUAAAAUAAAAAAGAGAAAAGAGAAGAUCGUGCCUAUUGUCGAAGAGAAAGAAAAAAUUGUCACAGAAAUAGAGGAAGUUAAAGAAAUCGAGGACAUCGAAUUACAAGUUAAGAAAGAUGUCACGCAAGUGGAAGACCGUAAGAGGAAACGUAGGCCACGUGCUCAGGUUGACAUUACCAUUGUAGAUAAAGACAAGACUAUCGCUCCGCGAUUUAUACAAAAGUUGCAGCCUGUUAUUGUGGAGUUUGAAAAGCCUGCCAAGUUCACGUGCACUGUCAUAGGAAAUCCCUUCCCCGAAAUUACUUGGUAUAAAAAUGAACAAGAACUCCAUGCCAGUGAAAAGUAUAUCAUGACAAUAUAUGAGACAACAGCGGCUUUGGAAAUUACAAAAGUAAAAGAAGAAGACGCUGGACUAUAUUCUUGCAGAGCUUCCAAUCCAGCUGGAGUGGCAACAUCCACUGUCAAUCUCGUGAUAUUCGAAAAAGAAGAGGAGGGCAUAGCGCCACAUUUCCCAACGCCAAUCAAGCCGUUGGUGGUCGAAGAACACAAACCUGCUCUGCUAGAAUGCGUUGUGACUGGUACACCGAUGCCAGAGGUGAAGUGGUACCGCGGUGAGAAGGAAGUCAAGCCAAACGAAAGGACCGAAAUGACGUUCAACCCGACAACUGGAGAAGCCAAACUUAGAAUUUUGGAACCGACUCCUGAGGAUGAGACGAUCUAUCGCGUUCGCGCCGUGAAUAAAUUCGGUCGUGCUGAAUGCAGAGCUAAUCUGGUGAUCAGUAACAUUGUGAAAGUCAGCAAACCAGCUGUCCUCAGAGCACCACGUAUCACGCGACCUUUACCUGCUCUCGUAGCGGAGCGCGGUAAACCGCUGAAGCUGUUCGCUGACUUCGAGGGUGUACCCAAGCCAGAUGUCAAGUGGUUCCGUAAUGGCGUUGAAAUCACACCGACCGACAAACGCAAAAUAAACGUCUACGAGAGCACGACCGAACUUAUCAUAUCGGAUGUCACAAAGAAGGAUGGCGGCAAGUACGAGAUCAGAGUCCAGAAUGAAGUUGGCGAAGCGAGAAGUUCCAGCUCCGUUUCUGUGAAAGAACGCGAGGAUACCACGAGCGAGGUACAAGCACCGAGGUUCGUGGAGCCGGUUCAACCUCAACUCGUCGCAGAAGGAGAAGUCGUUAUCAUGGAGACAAAAGUAGAAUCUUACCCAACGGCAUCCUUCCAAUGGUUCCACGAAAGCAAACCUCUUGAGUCGACACCGCAGGUAAGGAUCGUGACUCAGGAAAAUAGAUCGAUUUUAAUGGUGAAGCAAGUCACACCGGAACUCACCGGUACCUACACUUGUCGUGCCGAAAACGUCGGCGGCUCGGUCACCUGCACGGCUACCGUGAACAUCACGGAAAUCAACUGGGAAGAGGCAGUUGAAUUGGUUUCGCCGACGUUCGUCAAAAGGCUCUCGCCUGUGAGAGUUAUGGACGGCGAGAGCGUUAAUUUAACCUGCGUCGUUGAGGGGAAGCCCACGCCUAGAGUCGAAUGGUAUCAUAAUGACAGGCCGAUCAAAGAAGGCAAGGAAAUCACGAUUGUUCAAGACACAGAGGGUAUCUGCAGCCUAGCCAUCACCGAAGUAUUCCCGGAGGAUGCUGGAGAAUACACCUGCCGCGCUGUGAAUCCUGUUGGCGAAGCCGUGUGCAAGUCAUCGCUCGUCGUUGAAGCCUACGAGUACGUGCCAGACUCGGAAAUUGCAUCAUCGAUAGUCGCGACAUCUCUUACUACUGGCUCGGAAGAAGAUCUUCUAUCACCGAAGGAAACUCCUAUCUUCGACACCGACGUGGAAGAAUUCGCACCAGAAAUAACCAAGAAGCUUCCUCAGUUAGUUCCCACCAAAGACGGGGAAUUAACCAGAUUGGAAGUAAAAGUGAAAGGUAAACCAAAACCGGAAGGAAAAUGGUACAAGCAAGGCGUAGAGAUUGUUUCGUCGCAAGAAUUUUUAAUAGAGGAAUUCGAAGAUGGCACAUCGGUGCUAACGAUCGCCGAAACUUUCCCCGAUGACACCGGUGAAAUCGUAUUUGAAGCUCACAAUCCACUCGGGGUAUCGACUACGACGGCAUAUUUAUCAGUAGAAGGUAUAAUCGGGACGAAAGCAUACCGGAAACCAGAAUGGGUCACGCAGAUGGAGGAAAUGCAAGAAGCACUGAGAGCCACGCAAGCUGUCCCACGAUUUAUCCAAGAGAUUACGGACAUUUAUACAAAAGAAGGAGACACCGCUUUGUUUGAAUGCGUCUAUUCUGGUAACCCCAAACCAGAUAUUAUUUGGUACAAGAACGAUAAGCUCAUAAUGAACACGGAGAACGUGAAGAUACGUAUAUUCGAGGAAGAUAAGAGGACCACUCUGACGAUCAAGCGGUCUACCAGAGAAGACGACGCCACGUAUGUUUGCAAAGCCACUAGCGAAAUCGGCAUGACAAUAACAAAAGCCAAACUGCAUGUCGAUACUACAAGUGAAGCAAGACCAAAGCCAGAGGACAUAGUCCAGGAAGAAGAGAAAGUUGAAAUAAAGCCGAAGAAACAGGAGGAGAAACUGCAUAAAAAGAAGAAAAUUGAAUUAAAGAAGGCGAAGGAAAUCAAAGAGAAAGUCAAGGCUGAGCGUGUCAAAGUGGAGACAGAAGAAAUUCACGAAGAGAAGCUUGUACCAAAAGAACAGACGGAAGAAAAGAGAAUCGUUGAUGUAGAAGAGACUCAACUAUUGGAAACCACGGAAAUCAUCAAGGAGAAGAAACCAGAGGAGGUUUCGAGAGCACAAAAAAUAAUACCGAUCCAGGAACCGGUUAUGACCGAAGCAACGGCUUCUUUGAAGAAAAUUGACGACCGGAAGCCGCGAGAAGCGCCGAAACUUGAGAAACGCGCCAAACCGAUCAUCGAAGAACGCGAAAGUGUAGUUGUCGUUUCGGAAAUCACGAGCGAAGACACAGCCCCUGACUUCACCGUCGAGACGAAGGUCGAUCGCGCUCGGGUCACCUCAGAGACCUUGCAGAAAGUUUCGGUUGUCGAAACGCACGUCGAGACCAGUGCGCAAGAAGUGAAACGCACGGAAGUGAAACAGAAGAAAGUUAAGAAAGUGAAAGCGGAGAAGAUUCAAGAAGACAUCACCGUACAGGAGAUUGUAGAGCGACAGAAGGAGCAUAUAGCUCGCGAAGUUGACGAGAUAAUGGAGUUAUUAGACGUGAAAGAAUUUGGCCCGGGAGAAUCUCCCCUUCGGGAACUCGCAACAAUCGGCUAUCUGGUACGACAAGGCGUCUCCGUGAACGAGAUCAACGAGUGUCUCUACAGAACCGAGAUCUUCCCUGCUCUGAAGACACCCGACGCUCAGAACGCUUUGGUUCAGUUGGUAGAGAGGAAGGGCUACGGAGCGUUGAUCAGCCAAGUACUCACCGAGGAGACGACGACCGACGAGAGCUUCGUCGCGGCGACGGUCGGUUUUCGCGCUUUCAUGAGAAUGGUAGAGCUUCAACACGCUACUGUAGAAGAGGUCAUCACGCACUUCGCUCCGGAAGACUUCAGACCACGUGCUUGGGAAGUCACGGAAAUUUCAGAGAUCGAGACCGAGCAACGUGCUACGGAAAGAGUGGACGUCAUUCGCGAAACGAAAAUUCAUUUCAUGGAGAGGAGAGAUGAAAGGAAAGCCACUCACGUGCAGGAUAUUCGAGAAAUUAAAGAAUACGAGGACACACGGCAGGCACACACAACACUCCGCAAACGCAAAGACAGGACACUGCGGGAUCAAAUCGAAGAAACCACACAAGAUAGGGAAGAGGGGGUUCAGAUUGUAAAAGUCGAGGAGGUCGAGGAUAUUGAGAAGGAAAGAAAGAAGGAGGAGGAGGAAAUCGAGGAAGAGAUUAUUGUACUAGAACGGGACUCGAAGGGCAGAUUGAUUCGUAAGCAAAAGGAGGACGUGGAGAAACAGAUCGAUGUUCUGGAAGAGGAAGAAACGAUCGAGAGAGUAAAGAAGGCAAUGAUGCCGAAGAGACCGGACAUCGGUAAAGACGAAGUCGAACUCGAAGAAAUCGAAGAAUUCGAGGUGAUAAAGGACCAAUCGUUGCCGUCUAUAGCUUUGAACGUGUCGAGUCAACGAAACCAAGUGAUACCGCUGGAUCGUACGGUCGAGCAGGCACCUGGCAAACCUGAAUCAGAGAAGGCAAAAUAUACGUUGGACACUGUUAUUGCGUUAACUGAGCAGACUACGUCGAUACAUGAGAAAGAGGUCGACGACGUCAUCAGCGUUAAGCCCGUCGAACGCAACGCAUCGGUGUCAAUCUCACCGGUGGAACCGUACUCCACUACUGAAACUACUGCGCACAUAUCCACGGAUGAAUUUUCAGGCACCUUCAAGGCCGCCUCUUAUGAGGCUACGUCUUCUGUAAUAACAAAGGAGGGUCUUCUCAUUAGUGAAACGUUGUCGCACGGCGACGAUCUGUCAAAUUUAACUCUAACUACGCCAGAAACAAGCCGGAAGGCGGACGUACAAGUCACUGUGCAAGAAGCCGCGACCAUCAGCGAGACCAUUAUCAACCAGAGCGAAGUACCCACGGAGAAUUUCGUGGCACCCUUAACCGCGAAAGCGGAGGACACUGUGUUACCGCAAAUCGGACUGUCGGUUUAUGAGGUUCAGGAGGGCUUGAGCGAAGAUAAGCUGGAGCCGGCGAAAACGGUCACCACGAAACCUAGGAUCAACAUCAGCGCUGUCGAGCCGAUAGUAGUGGAGGAAGUUCGUCCCGAGGAUAAGCCGGGAAAAUAUUAUCCGGAGUUGAUAGUACCCACCGAGGUCGCUACUGAAACAGUGAUCUCGCAGAAACAACGCGUGACUGAAGAGAUGAACGCGCCGGAGAAAGAAGGGGCUUAUAUUCCGGGUAGAUUGCCGCCGAGUCAAACAGCCCAAGUCGGGAUUUCCUACGGAAACGAAACGGCUGUGAUCCACCACGACCUUGUGCAAGAGCGCGAGGGCGAAUACGUUCCCGGCCGUAAAGUGGACUCCUUCGAAGCCACGCCAAAUGUCACUCUUCUGGAGGGUGUCACGAUCUCGACGAUCGAUACGCAACAAAAGGAAGGCGAUUUAACGAUCGAAGAGGACAAACGGGUUACGGCGGAUCUUAAUGUCGUCGAGAUCGUGUCAGCCGUGACAGUGGAGACGACAGCUUCCGAGAAGGAGCGAGACUAUCAUCCCGAGGAGAAGCCUACCGGUAAAUUGGCGGUCACGUCGAUAUCCUCGUUAGAAAUUGGAUCUGUAACAGACACUAUUGUUCAAGAAUCCGAGGGAACCUACAGCGCCGAUCAGAAGCCAUUGCAAGCGUUAGCUGAGACAUCGGUCCGACCGGAGGAACAUGUUCUGAUAUCUCAAGUUCAAACUGCGGAUUACCCGGCAGAUUUGAAAGAUACAUUGAAAUACGUUUCGGAGAGCGGUGUCGUGUCGGUCCAAUUGACUGAAGCGAAAACGGUACUCGAGACUCUCGCUCACGAUCGAGAGGCGCUCAUGGAGAAGGACACCAAACCGGAAACCCAAACGGUGGAGACAGUCUACGACGCUGUCAGGAGUAUCGAAGUAUCGCAAACUACUUCCAUAGAGAAAGAGACCGAACUGAAGAUCUUUGAGAUGCCGGAAUCGCACCAUGGCAAGACAGUCCCAACCCAUCCAAUGAUUUCGCUCGAAAUCCAAGAAACGCAGCCGGAAAGUAACUUGGGUGAAGUCACGAAGGAAGUUCCGUCAACUGCCACGGCUAAAAUCGAAGCCGUCAGUCUGCAAGAGACGAUCGUCGGCGAGACUGUCGCGGCGGAGGAUGUAGCUCCGUCCAAAGAGGAUAAGGCUCCUGACACAAAGACUGCGAUGGUCUCAGUAGAUCAAAUCGAGAGUUUGCACACCACGAUGAUCGUAACAGGCGAGAAAGAGACCGAGUACGUCGAUGUAGCCGACGUUAAGGGUACAUUCGCGAAUACCGAAUACACAACACAAGUGGCUCCGGUGUGCGAGCAAGUAAGAACCGAAUCGCCAACCCAAGAAUACUUGCCGGAAGACAAACCUACCAGUGGAAAGGCACAAUCGUCUCAUAUUCCUAUAGAAACCAUCAGCGUGACUAUGCAAGAGACCGCGGAGAAGGAGGAGGCCUACAGAGCAGACGCGAGACCCGAAGGCAAAACAGCGAGCGUCGAACUCACGGAGACAAGAACAGGUGCGAGCAUAUUAGAAGUGAUCCCGCACGACCUCGAGAAUAUCUACACACCCGACGUCGGACCAGAGUCUCACACGGUUGAGUCGUCUAUAACCGGCCAUACUAUCGCGUCAACGGCGGAGAUUCUGGUAGAGCAAAGUGCCGGGAAGAUUAGCAGCGAAGUUCCUAAAUCGAGUAAAGCAAUACUCCAGCAAGAGGCUUUGGAAGAGUUGAUCGUUACGGAAACGAAUGUCGGCGAAGCUGAGCGAGUUAGAGACGAAGACACACGUCCCGUUGAACAGAGCGCAGCCCUUCAAGUCUGCGCUCGAGCUGAGAAGUUGACCGUCACCGAAGUGACGACUGUGUUGAAAGAGGAGGAAUUGUCAGUAGAGAAGUUACCAGACAGCCGGCAAGUCGUGUUAGACAUCACUGAGGGCCACGAGAUAGCGGAGACACAGGAAACAAUUCUCGCGAGUAACAUAAGCGAACUGAAGGAGGAGAAACCAGUCCAGGAGAGUGCCAGUCAAUCGCAAAGCGGACUGGACGUUGUUCAACAGAUGGAAGUAUCGAUAUCCGAGAAGGAAUCUCCCCUGGCAGCGGACAUGAAACCCGAGACCAAAAAGGUUGGCGUUACCUUCGAGGAAGGAGAAGGUCUGACAAUCGCUAUAACACAUCCCGAAGACAAGGAAGACGUAUUCAACGAGAAACCGACACCGAAAACCGCCGAAGCUACAGUCGACGUGGUGACGCAGGAAAUAGCGUCCAAGUUCGAAAUUCUAAGCAAUGUCGCUCCAACCGAACUGCCCACCGAAUCUGCUCAAGAAAUGCAUCCUAAAGCGACUCUGUUGCCAUUUGAGACAGCCGUCGCUGAAGAAGUACACACCAGAGAGACCGAGAAGCCUUUCGAUCACGUGCCAACGUCGGAAAGGAAAGCCAAUCUUGAAUUUGUUAUGGGUGAAAGUCUCGUAGUCUCGUCCGUAACGGCAGAGGAUAAGGAAAGCAUACUCGCGGAAACGGAGAAACCAGAAUCAAAAUCCGCUAUUUUCGACAUUUCUGUUCAUACUGUGGCACAAGCUGCCGAGGUAACUGCGACCGACAACGUCGGCCAAUUCAAACGCGAGGAGACCAUCUCCGCAACAGCCACGACUGAGCAUAUCACUCAUCGUAGCAUCGUCACGUCCGAAACAUCAGCCGGUGAUUCAGAGCAACCGAUGCUGGACUUCGUGAAGCCGGACAAGAAACAAGUGGACGUGUCGUUCGAAGAGGAAACGGGCAUCACCGUGAUAGAGACAAUUGCGUCUGACAAGGAACGGGAAUACAUGAAGAAACCGGAUAUUCCCGGUGAGAAAGUCACUACUAGCUUCGACGCUCACAAAGUUGCCGAGCUCUCGGAAGUUACAGCGAUCGCUUACCCUGGAGAUCUCGACAUAAAGGUACCGACAAGUGCAGCGGCUAAAGAGGAACAUUUGCCGUUUGAAAGCAUCGUCCAAAGCGAAACUGUCGCGACAGAGAGAGAGGCAGAAUUCAAGGAUAAACCCGCCAAGACAGACACUGCUCGGAUGGCUGUUGACGAAAUUAUUAGCGCCACCACGUCCACAGAGGUUCCAGCUGAGAAGGAGGACGUUCUUCGAAUUCCUGAGAAGCCCACGGAAAAGAAGGCCGAGAUACAAUUCUCUGGGCACAUAAUUGCUGAAAAGAGCGAGGUCACUCCGGAUUCCAGCGCUGGAGAAUUGACAAAGACACAACCCAGCUCUGCUUCGGCUGUGCUCUCAAGCAUCCCCUUGGAGGCGUUAGUACAAACGGAAACGCAAGCAACCGAAGCGGAGGAUAUACUUGGUAAAGACAAAGCACCGUCCACGGCCUUAGCCGACCUUUCCGUGGUAGUGGAGCAAAGUUUACAAGUGUCUUCGGUGAUCUUAGAAGACAAGGAGGUCGAGUACAAGUCAAAGGAAACUCCAGAACUGAGAACAGCAGAAAAGAGCCUAAUUGAUACUCACGGCGUCGCCGAAGUGACGAUGCAAGUGCCCGACUUCAGCACCGGCGAAGUCGUGGCCGGCGAAACGCCACAGGAAGCUGUCGCGGUUCCAGACCAUAUAGUGUUUAAUCCGCUAGUAGAGUUGCAGCCUAUCGUUCAAGAGAAAGAAGAACAAUACGUGCCGGCGUUGAUGCCGGAAAACAAGACGGUGAACAUCGAUAUAGAAGAGGCAAAGACGAUCGUGACUAUAUCACAUGUGACACCCGCGGACAAGGAAUCGCUGUACAAAAUUGAAGAGCAGCCGCGCAAAUACGCCGCUUCGCUCGGAAUCGAUGCCACUCACAGUAUAGCUGAAACAACUGCGGUAGCAAUUGAACAUUCUGUGGGAGAAGUCAGCAUCGAGAAACCGGAUACUAAAACGGUAUCGACCACGAGAGAUGUCUACCAAAGUGUCUUGGUGACUGAAGGUCUAGUUCAGGACCAAGAAAAACCGUUCGAAGGAAAAUUCAUGCCGGAGCAACAUAAGAUCGGAUUGUCUGUCGAAGAGGGACACCACGUCACGUCCGUCACAGAAAUCAGAAUGGCGGACAAGGAAGCUCCUCUGGAAACGAUACAGGAGGACAGAUCUCAUUCGGCGCAAUCGGUCGUUAUACCCGGUCACGAAGUAGCCGAAAAGUCGGAAAUCAUUCCGGGUUCCAGCACGGGCGAAAUAAGCGAGAAACAAGCACCGACAACGGCGGUUGCGUUAAUUGGACAGAAACCUUUCGAGACGGUGCAGUUGAGCGAGCAGGUGCCGGUGGAAAGAGAAGUGGAUACGAUUCAGGAAACGCCAUUGACGAAAUCGAGUGCGCGCGUCGUGUUAGACGAAAACAGAUUCGUUGCCAUUACGGAAUCUACUACCACUCAAGACGUCGAGGCGGAGUUCACCGAGAAGAAACUGCGUCAACAGACAGCGAGCCUCGCAAUGGAAGGCAAAGAGGUAGCUGAACGUACAGAGAUCAAUUUGCGCGAAGGACUCGGAGAACUGCCCGCGGCAUCGAAACCGACAACAUAUGAAGCACAUCAGACGCAAACUACUUUGGAGAGUAUCGGCGUCAGUGAGACAGUUUAUCAAGAGCACGGUACGAUGUUCACUGACAAAUUUAAACCCGACGAGCGAAGCGCGGAAAUCAGCUUCGUGGAGGGCAAAAGUAUUACCGUGGGUCAAAUCGUAACACAGGACAAAGAAGCCACAAUGAGCAUCCAAAAGCAUGAUGAAAGUACCGCUCAAGUCAGUCUAACGAGAGUUGGUAUGGACGUCGCUCAAAAAGCCCAAGUUUUCAUCGAACAAAGUACCGGCUCAAUUAAGCCUUUCGAGAAGACUCAAGCAGAAGCCCACUUGAGGCAAGAUACAUUUGAACCUAUCGUCGUUGAAGAAGUUCCAAGCGCGGAAAGUGAAGGUACUUUCAGUAAAUAUCCAAAGAUGAUAUCCAGCAUAGCCGUGCCGAUGUUCGAAGAAGGUCAUAGUGUAUCUAUCACAGAGGUGACAUCUGGCGAAGCUGAAACAUCACUGGAAGAGAAGAAACUCGAGACAUCGCGAACAGCCACUCGUACACUUGUUACAGCAACUGACACGAUAGAAACUACGAUGGUGGAGUCGCGAGUUGAUGUGCCUGAAGUCCCUGAUAAAAUUGCAAUGCCUCAAAUGGCCAUACCGGCUCGCGACACGUUCGAAAGCAUCAUCGUUAACGAGAAUCUUGUCGAAGAAAGCGAAAAGACGUUCGAGGGACUCUUCAAACCCGCAGUACAAAAAGCGAACAUCGAUAUAUCGGAAGUCAAGUCAUUACAGAUUUCAGAAACGUUUACCGAAGACAAAGAAGCGACGCUAGAUAUUGCCUCAAGAAGAAUCGAAGCGAGAGCUACGCAAGACAUCGACGUAUUCCAGACUAUCGAAGGUUCAUUCGUCGAAAGUGUGCAGAGUACUCGAGAAUUACGCGAGGAGAAGCCAUUUUCCUCUCAAGCGACGAUGAUUCAAACUACAGUAGAAACAAUAGUAAGAUCUGAAAUGACGCCAGUCGAAAAGGAGGACACAUUUGAAGACAGAUUUAAACCCGAAGAACAGAAAGGCAAGCCACAGUUCGACGGUCUUACUACAGUUCUGAUCAGCGAAGUAGCUCCGAAUGAAAUCGAGGACAUCUUGCCUGAAGCCGUUGCGCCAACACAACACCAAGCACAACCGAGCUUGAUGGGCAGAGAGGCCGCAGAAAUUUUCCAAAUAGUUGCAGCGAGCACAAUCGAAGAUCUCGCGAAAGCUAAAUUAGAUGAACACAAAGGUAAACCAGGACUCGAAGAAUUAACGUCCUUGACCGUUUCCGAGAUUGUUUCAAAUGAAGUGGAAGACGUUCUAAUCAGUCAAACUACACCAAAAGAUCGAAAGGCUGAAUUCAGUGUUUCCGGAAGAGAAGCAGCCGAAACAACUCAAGUAACAGCGAUGUCUGAAACCGACGAGUUUGCUACUAAAGGACCUGAAGAACAACGAGGCAAACGGCAAGUUGAAGAAUUAACUUCCUUGACUAUUUCUCAAGUGCUUUCGAAUGAGGCUGAAGAUACGUUAGUUAAGGACGAAUUUCCUGCAACUAAAACAGCUCAACCAAAUCUUUCUGGCAGAGAUAUCGCGGAAACGACGAUGGUCUUAGCGAUGGCUAGCACUGAAGAAUACGUUCCCGCAAAGGAAACUAAGAAACAAACAGGCAAACCGGGUCUUGAGGAACUUACGUCUCUAACAGUCUCGCAGAUAGUACCCCAGGAAGCAGAAGACGUUCUUCCUAGCGCCGAAGUACCGACUGAAAGAACGGUACAAACAAGUUUGUUCGGUAGAGAUGUGGCAGAAACCACGGAAAUAACGAUGGUUUCGAAUGUAGGCGAAUUGGCCGAAAGUCGAAUGCCCGAUAUACAAAAGGGAAAACCAGACAUCGAGGAAUUACAACCCUUGAGCGUAACACAAACCGUAUCCAGUGAAGCGGAAACUGUUUUGCCUGCUGCAGAGAUACCUAAAGAAAAAACAGCUCAAACUGAUCUGACUGGCAGAGACGUAGCCGAAACGACUCAAAUCAUAACAAUGAUAAGCACAAAAGAACUUGCGAAACAACUUGCACCAGAUGAACGUAAGGGAGAGUUUAUAGUGGAAGAAUUAUCCUCGUUGACUGUAUCUCAAGUAAUUUCUAACGAAGCAGAAGAUACGUUAGUUAAGGACGAAUUUCCUGCUGGAAAAACAGCUCAACCAAAUCUACUCGGUAGAGAUGUCGCAGAAACGACGAUGAUCUUAGCGAUGUCUAGUACCGAAGAAUAUCUACCGACGAAAGAAGCUGAGAAACAGAAAGGAAAACCAGGUCUCGAAGAAUUAACAUCUUUAACGGUUUCACAAAUAGUAUCUCAAGAAGCUGAAGACGUUCUACCUAGUCCCGAAGUACCGACUGAGAGAACAGUACAAACAAGUUUGUUCGGUAGAGAUGUAGCAGAAACUACGGAAAUAACAAUGGCAUCAAAUGUAGGUGAAUUGGUCGAAAGCCGAAAGCCCGACAUCCAAAAAGGAAAACCUGACAUCGAAGAAUUACAACCCUUGAGCGUAACACAAACCGUAUCAAGCGAAGCGGAAGCCGUGCUGCCUUCUCCAGAGGUGCCUAAAGAAAAAAUAGCGCAGACCGAUUUGUUUGGUAGAGACGUAGCUGAAACGACACAAAUUAUAACAAUGAUAACUGCGGAAGAACUUGCAAAACAGCUUGCACCCGAUGAACGUAAGGGACAGUUUAUGGUGGAAGAAUUAUCUUCAUUGACCGUGUCUCAAGUUAUUUCUAACGAGGCAGAAGAUACGUUAGUUAAGGACGAAUUUCCUGCUGGUAAAACUGUUGAACCAAAUCUUUUCGGUAGAGAUGUCGCAGAAACGACGAUGGUCUUAGCAAUGUCUAGUACCGAAGAGUAUCUACCGACGAAAGAAGCUGAGAAACAGAAAGGAACACCAGGUCUCGAAGAAUUAACAUCUUUAACGGUUUCACAAAUAGUAUCUCAAGAAGCUGAAGACGUUCUACCUAGUCCCGAAGUACCGACUGAGAGAACAGUACAAACAAGUUUGUUCGGUAGAGAUGUAGCAGAAACUACGGAAAUAACAAUGGCAUCAAAUGUAGGUGAAUUGGUCGAAAGCCGAAAGCCCGACAUCCAAAAAGGAAAACCUGACAUCGAGGAAUUACAACCCUUGAGCGUAACACAAACCGUAUCAGGCGAAGCGGAAGCUGUGCUGCCUUCUCCAGAGGUGCCUAAAGAAAAAAUAGCGCAGGCCGAUUUGUUUGGUAGGGACGUAGCUGAAACGAUGCAAAUUAUAACAAUGAUAACUGCGGAAGAACUUGCGAAACAGCUUGCACCCGAUGAACGUAAGGGAGAGUUUAUGGUGGAAGAAUUAUCCUCAUUGACCGUGUCUCAAGUUAUUUCUAACGAGACAGAAGAUACGUUAGUUAAGGACGAAUUUCCUGCUGGUAAAACUGUUGAGCCAAAUCUUUUCGGUAGAGAUGUCGCGGAAACGACAGUAGUCUUAGCAAUGUCCAGCACCGACGAGUAUGUUCCCACGAAAGAAGCUGAAAAACAAAAAGGCAAGCCGAGUCUCGAAGAACUUACAUCUUUAACAGUGUCGCACAUAAUAUCUCAAGAAGCCGAAGACGUUCUUCCUAGUCCAGAAGUACCAACCGAAAGAACGGUGGAAACAAGUUUAUUAGGUAGAGAUGUAGCUGAAACUACAGAAAUAACAGUGGCUUCAAAUGUGGAUGAAUUGGUUGAAAGUCGCAAGCCCGACGUACAGAAGGGAAAACCAGAUAUUGAGGAAUUGUUAUCCUUGAGCGUAACACAGACAGUAUUCAACGAGGCGGAAGCUGUACUGCCUUCUGCAGAGGUACCUACUGAGAAAGUUGCGCAAACUGAUUUGUUUGGUAGAGACGUAGCCGAAACAACUCAAAUUGUGACAAUGAUGGCCACGGAAGAACUCUCGAAACAUAUAACACCUGACCAACGUAAGGGAGAGUUCAAGGUGGAAGAAUUGUCUUCGUUGACUGUAUCGCAGGUAGUUUCCCACGAGGCUGAAGAGACGUUAGUUAAAGACGAGUUUCCUGCAGAGAAAAAGGCAGAACCUAAUCUGUUUGGUAGAGAUAUCGCGGAAACGACGAUGGUUUUAGCGAUGUCGAGCACGGAAGAGUAUGUUCCCACAAAGGAAGCUGAAAAACAAAAAGGCAAACCCGGUCUCGAAGAACUUACAUCUUUGACGGUGUCGCAGAUCGUUUCAGAAGAAGCCGAAGACCUUCUACCAAGUCCUGAAAUACCAACCGAGAGGACAGUGCAAACAAGCUUGUUCGGUAGAGAUGUAGCUGAAACUACAGAAAUAACAGUAGCUUCAAACGUGGACGAAUUGGUCGAAAGUCGCAAGCCCGACGUACAGAAGGGAAAACCAGAUAUUGAGGAAUUGUUAUCCUUGAGUGUAACACAGACAGUAUCCAACGAGGCGGAAGCUAUAUUGCCUUCUCCAGAGGUACCUACAGAAAAAAUUGCACAAACCGAUUUGUUUGGUAGAGAUGUAGCAGAAACGACUCAAAUUAUAACAAUGAUAAGUGCAGAAGAACUUGCGAAACAACUAGCACCCGAUGAACGCAAAGGAGAGUUCAAAGUGGAAGAAUUAUCUUCGUUAACUGUUUCUCAGAUCUUGUCACAUGAAACUGAAGAGGCUUUCCAGAGGCCUGAUGUACCUAGUGGACUUAAAGCGAUGCCUGCGAUGUCCGGUAGAGAAAUUGCUGAGACCUCUCAGAUGAUUACUAUGUCGAAUGUUGAAGAAUUUGUUAGACCCAAGAGUCCAGAAGAACAAAAAGGAAAACCAAGUUUAGACGAACUUUCCUCUCUCAUGGUUUCUCAAGUGAUGUCUACAGAACUUGAAGAACAAAUGGCGAGCCCGGAAAAGUUGGAUGAAAAAACAGCCGAAUCACAUUUCACGGGUAGGGAAGUAGCGCAAACGACUGAAAUCGUAACGGUCGCGAAUGUUGAGCAAAUAACCGAGUUGAAAAAAGCAGAUAGUCAUAAAGGAAGGCCCGACGUUGAAGAAUUAAAUGUCGUUGCUGUAUCUGAAGUAAUUUCUACAGAAGCAGAACAAGAAUUACCUAGUCAGGAGGCUCCGAAAAAACAUAAAGCUCUACCAAAAGUAUCCAGCAUAGAAGUCGCGGAGACUUCGGAAGUUAUGACAGUGAGUAACGUUGAAGAAUUUACUAAACCACAAGUUCCCGAGGAACACAGAGGUAGGCCAAACCUAGAAGAAUUGAUGUCGUUGUCAGUCUCCGAGGUGGCUUAUAGUGAGGCUGAAAAGGGAUUAUUGACUCCAGAAGAACCAACUAAACAAACAGCCGAACAGAGUAUGUUGAGUAUGCGCGUUGCUCAAAAAUCUCAAGUGGUUACUUCUGCAACGGCAGAGGAUAUGAUAGAAACCACUAAGCCUGAAACAAAGAAAAUAACACCAGAACAAAUACCGUUUGAGAGUAUACAACAAACGCAAUCCGUUCCUCAUGAAAGCGAAGAAUUGCUUGUGCUCGAUAGGACAGUACCAAAAGAAACUGCAGAAGUUGCAUUCCGUGUUUCUGAAGGACUUGAAGUUAUCCAAGUAACCGUUACAGAGAAAGAAGCAAAAGAAGUUGUGAAAGGCCAAGCCAAGGAAGCGAGCGCGCAAGCUGAUGUAAUUAAACGAAAGGUUGCUCUGAAAACCGAAAUUCUUCCAGAAGACGUAGCAUCGGAAUUUAUUGUUUCAAAGCCAGAAGGUAAAACAGCCCACGGAGUAAAAGAAGAAAAACAGGGCGUGAUUGUGACCGAAUUACAACACGCUGCUGAAAUUGAAUCAAAUCUGCCCGAAACCGUAGUACCUUUAGGAAAAUUAGCGAGCACGUCUAUCGAAGCCGACUACUUGGAACAAGUUAUGGAAACAACAGAAGUAUCAGCCCAACAUCACAUCACAAUCACACAACACAUCACAGAACACGAUAUAACACAUCAACCAUCGAUUGAUUCUGAUACUGAAGUAACUGAAGAAUACACUACAAAAUUUAGACGUGGCAGUAAAGACGAUGAAACAGCAGCGGUAAAAACAAAGAAAACGACAAUACGCAAAAAGACACCGAAAACAAAAUCUGAGGAGGAAAAAGUUGUUGUUAUCGAAGAAGAAAUCGAAGAUGUAAAAUCGCAAAUUCCAUCAAUACCGAAAAAACAAUUUAUGCACAUAGAAGAAGUAACAGAAAUGACAGGAAUAGAAGAAAUAAUACCGACAAAAAUAGAAGAAUCCGAAGAAAAAUCUAUUAAACCAAUUGAAGAAAAAGAAGUGGAUAAAAAAACAAUAGAUAAACGCAAGCCUGCCAUAACCAUAACAGUAAGCCCAGUUGACGAAAUCACUAAAGACACAAUAUUAUCUCCAAAACAUCCUGAAAUGAUCAAGCCAGAUGUUGAAGAACGAGAGGAAGUGACAGUAACAGAAGAACAAGUUGAAGGAGAAAAACCAAAACAUAUAACGAAAAAGAAAAUCAUAAAACAAAAAGAAAAAACACGGCAAAUAACGGAAGAAGUUACCAUUGAAGAAAAAGAUAAACAUCCCGUAAUUACCAUGACAGAAGGGCCAACAGAGGAAAUUGUGGAACAUACUAUAUUUUCUCUACCACUUCCCGAAUUUGUAAAACCACAAGAUGUGGAAGAAGUUCGUGAAAAAGUAACAGUAACAGAGGUAAUUGUAGAAGGAAAAAUGCCAAAGAAAAUCACGAAAAAGAAAAUUAUUAAACGUGAGGGACAACAACAACACGUCACUGAAGAAGUUACUGUCGAAGAGAAAGGUAAAUCUCCCGUUACUACUGUAACAGAAGAACCAACAGAGGAAAUUGUAGAAGAUACUGUAUUGCCUCUACCACUUGCUGAGUUUGUAAAACCACAAGAUGUGGAAGAAGUUCGUGAGCAAGUAACAGUAACGGAGGUAAUUGUAGAAGGAAAGAUGCCAAAGAAAAUCACAAAAAAGAAAAUUAUUAAACGUAAGGGACAGAAGCAGCAAGUCUCGGAAGAAGUUACUGUCGAAGAAAAAGGUAAAUCUCCCGUUACUACUGUAACAGAAGGCCCAGAAGAAGAGAUUGUUGAAGAGACCAUAUUACCGCUAGUAACUCCCGAGUCUGUCAAACCAGAGGAUGUAGAGGAAGUUCGAGAACAAGUCACAAUAACAGAAGAAGAAUUGGAAGGAAUGAAACCAAGAAAAAUUACGAAAAAGAAAAUUAUUAAACGUAAGGGAAAGAAGCAGCAAGUCACUGAAGAAGUUACCGUCGAAGAGAAAGGUAAAUCUCCCGUCACUAGUGUGACAGAAGGACCAACAGAGGAAAUUGUGGAAGAUACCAUAUUGCCCCUACCACUUGCUGAGUUUGUAAAACCACAAGAUGUGGAAGAAGUUCGUGAGCAAGUAACAGUCACGGAGGUAAUUGUAGAAGGAAGGAUGCCAAAGAAAAUCACAAAAAAGAAAAUUAUUAAACGUAAGGGACAGAAGCAGCAAGUCUCGGAAGAAGUUACUGUCGAAGAAAAAGGUAAAUCUCCCGUUACUACUGUAACAGAAGGCCCAGAAGAAGAGAUUGUUGAAGAGACCAUAUUACCGCUAGAAACUCCCGAGUCUGUCAAACCAGAGGAUGUAGAGGAAAUUCGAGAACAAGUCACAGUAACAGAAGAAGAAUUGGAAGGAAUGAAACCAAGAAAAAUUACGAAAAAGAAAAUUAUUAAACGUAAGGGAAAGAAGCAGCAAGUCACUGAAGAAGUUACCGUCGAAGAGAAAGGUAAAUCUCCCGUCACUAGUGUGACAGAAGGACCAACAGAGGAAAUUGUGGAAGAUACUAUAUUGCCCCUACCACUUGCUGAGUUUGUAAAACCACAAGAUGUAGAAGAAGUUCGUGAGCAAGUAACAGUCACGGAGGUAAUUGUAGAAGGAAGGAUGCCAAAGAAAAUCACGAAAAAAAAAAUUAUUAAACGUAAAGGACAGAAGCAGCAAGUCUCGGAAGAAGUUACUGUCGAAGAGAAAGGUAAAUCUCCAGUUAUUACAGUAACAGAAGGCCCAGAAGAGGAGAUUGUUGAAGAGACAAUAUUACCACUAGUAACUCCUGAGUCUGUCAAACCAGAGGAUGUAGAGGAAGUUCGAGAGCAAGUAACAGUAACAGAAGAAGAAGUGGAAGGAAAGAAGCCAACGAAAAUCACAAAAAAGAAAAUUAUUAAACGUAAGGGACAGAAGCAACAAGUCACUGAAGAAGUUACAGUGGAAGAGAAAGGUAAGCAUCCAGUCACUACUGUGACAGAAGGACCAACAGAAGAAAUUGUGGAAGAUACUGUAUUGCCUCUACCAAUUGCCGAGUUUGUAAAACCGCAAGAUGUGGAAGAAGUUCGUGAACAAGUGACAGUAACGGAGGUAAUUGUAGAAGGAAAGGAGCCAAAGAAAAUCACGAAGAAGAAAAGCAUUAAACGUGUAGGUCAAAAACAGCAAGUCACUGAAGAAGUUACGGUUGAAGAGAAAGGUAAAUCUCCCGUUACUACUAUAACAGAAGGCCCAGAAGAGGAAAUUGUUGAAGAGACUAUAUUACCACUAGUAACUCCCGAAUCUGUCAAACCAGAAGAUGUAGAGGAAGUUCGAGAGCAAGUGACAGUAACAGAAGAAGAAGUGGAAGGAAAGAAGCCAACGAAAAUCACGAAAAAGAAAAUUAUUAAACGUAAGGGACAGAAGCAACAAGUCACUGAAGAAGUUACAGUGGAGGAAAAAGGUAAGCAUCCGGUCACUACUGUUACAGAAGGACCAACAGAGGAAAUUGUGGAAGAUAUCGUAUUGCCUCUACCAAUUGCCGAGUUUGUAAAACCGCAAGAUGUGGAAGAAGUUCGUGAGCAAGUGACAGUAACGGAGGUAAUUGUAGAAGGAAAAAUGCCAAAGAAAAUCACAAAAAAGAAAAUUAUUAAACGUAAGGGACAGAAGCAGCAAGUCUCGGAAGAAGUUACUGUCGAAGAAAAAGGUAAAUCUCCCGUUACUACUGUAACAGAAGGCCCAGAAGAAGAGAUUGUUGAAGAGACCAUAUUACCGCUAGUAACUCCCGAGUCUGUCAAACCAGAGGAUGUAGAGGAAGUUCGAGAACAAGUCACAAUAACAGAAGAAGAAUUGGAAGGAAUGAAACCAAGAAAAAUUACGAAAAAGAAAAUUAUUAAACGUAAGGGAAAGAAGCAGCAAGUCACUGAAGAAGUUACCGUCGAAGAGAAAGGUAAAUCUCCCGUCACUAGUGUGACAGAAGGACCAACAGAGGAAAUUGUGGAAGAUACUAUAUUGCCCCUACCACUUGCUGAGUUUGUAAAACCGCAAGAUGUGAAAGAAGUUCGUGAGCAAGUAACAGUAACCGAGGUAAUUGUAGAAGGAAGGGAGCCAAAGAAAAUCACGAAGAAGAAAAGCAUUAAACGUGUGGGUCAAAAGCAGCAAGUCACUGAAGAAGUUACGGUUGAAGAGAAAGGUAAAUCUCCCGUUACUACUAUAACAGAAGGCCCAGAAGAGGAAAUUGUUGAAGAGACUAUAUUACCACUAGUAACUCCCGAGUCUGUCAAACCAGAGGAUGUAGAGGAAGUUCGAGAGCAAGUAACAGUAACAGAAGAAGAAGUGGAAGGAAAGAAGCCAACGAAAAUCACAAAAAAGAAAAUUAUUAAACGUAAGGGACAGAAGCAGCAAGUCUCGGAAGAAGUUACUGUUGAAGAGAAAGGUAAAUCUCCCGUUACUACUAUAACAAAAGGUCCAGAAGAGGAAAUUGUUGAAGAGACCAUAUUACCACUAGUAACUCCCGAGUCUGUCAAACCAGAGGAGGUAGAGGAAGUUCGAGAGCAAGUGACAGUAACAGAAGAAGAAGUGGAAGGAAAGAAGCCAACGAAAAUCACGAAAAAGAAAAUUAUUAAACGUAAGGGACAGAAGCAACAAGUCACUGAAGAAGUUACAGUGGAGGAAAAAGGUAAGCAUCCAGUCACUACUGUGACAGAAGGACCAACAGAGGAAAUUGUGGAAGAUACCGUAUUGCCUCUACCACUUGCCGAGUUUGUAAAACCGCAAGAUGUGGAAGAAGUUCGUGAGCAAGUAACAGUAACGGAGGUAAUUGUAGAAGGAAGGGAGCCAAAGAAAAUCACGAAGAAGAAAAGCAUUAAACGUGUGGGUCAAAAGCAGCAAGUCACUGAAGAAGUUACGGUUGAGGAGAAAGGUAAAUCUCCCGUUACUACUAUAACAGAAGGCCCAGAAGAGGAAAUUGUUGAAGAGACUAUAUUACCACUAGUAACUCCCGAGUCUGUCAAACCAGAGGAUGUAGAGGAAGUUCGAGAGCAAGUAACAGUAACAGAAGAAGAAGUGGAAGGAAAGAAGCCAACGAAAAUCACGACAAAGAAAAUUAUUAAACGUAAGGGACAGAAGCAACAAGUCACUGAAGAAGUUACAGUGGAGGAAAAAGGUAAGCAUCCAGUCACUACUGUGACAGAAGGACCAACAGAGGAAAUUGUGGAAGAUACCGUAUUGCCUCUACCACUUGCCGAGUUUGUAAAACCGCAAGAUGUGGAAGAAGUUCGUGAGCAAGUAACAGUAACGGAGGUAAUUGUAGAAGGAAGGGAGCCAAAGAAAAUCACGAAGAAGAAAAGCAUUAAACGUGUGGGUCAAAAGCAGCAAGUCACUGAAGAAGUUACGGUUGAAGAGAAAGGUAAAUCUCCCGUUACUACUAUAACAGAAGGCCCAGAAGAGGAAAUUGUUGAAGAGACUAUAUUACCACUAGUAACUCCCGAGUCUGUCAAACCAGAGGAUGUAGAGGAAGUUCAAGAGCAAGUGACAGUAACAGAAGAAGAAGUGGGAGGAAAGAAGCCAACGAAAAUCACGAAAAAGAAAAUUAUUAAACGUAAGGGACAGAAGCAACAAGUCACUGAAGAAGUUACAGUGGAGGAAAAAGGUAAGCAUCCAGUCACUACUGUGACAGAAGGACCAACAGAGGAAAUUGUGGAAGAUACCGUAUUGCCUCUACCACUUGCCGAGUUUGUAAAACCGCAAGAUGUGGAAGAAGUUCGUGAGCAAGUAACAGUAACGGAGGUAAUUGUAGAAGGAAGGGAGCCAAAGAAAAUCACGAAGCAGAAAAGCAUUAAACGUGUGGGUCAAAAACAGCAAGUCACUGAAGAAGUUACUGUUGAAGAGAAAGGUAAAUCUCCCGUUACUACUAUAACAGAAGGCCCAGAAGAGGAAAUUGUUGAAGAGACCAUAUUACCACUAGUAACUCCCGAGUCUGUCAAACCAGAGGAUGUAGAGGAAGUUCGAGAACUAGUGACAGUAACGGAAGAAGAAGUGAAAGGAAUGAAGCCGACCAAAACAACGAAAAAGAGAAUUAUUAAACGUAAGGGACAGAAGCAACAAGUCACUGAAGAAGUUACUGUUGAGAAAGAAGGUAAAAUUCCAGUGACAACUGUGACAGAAGGACCAAUAGAGGAAAUGGUGGAAGAUACCGUAUUGUCUCUACCAAUAUCCGAUGGUGAAAUACAAAUUAGCAAAGGAGCAACUUUUGAAGAUGAUAGUGAAGAUAAACGGCCUAUUACAACCGUAACUGAUCUUCGUGCAGACACUACACCAGAAACACACGAUAAACCUAAACACAAAAGAUUGACAAAACACAAAAUCGAUGAAAAAAUUAUGAAAGGGACAAAGGAAAAACCGAUGUAUCAGGAACAACAAGCAAAAGACGAAGUUCCAGAAGAAGUCGUGAAUGAAAUAGUGAUAGAAGAAACAGAGAAACAAAAGGCUCGACUUCUGGUAGAAACAGAAUCGGAAGAGUCAGCGAAAAUUAUGAAAGUAGAAGUUAAGAAGGCACCAAAAGAAAAAGUAGAAAAGCCUGUCAUUGAAGAAGAAGAAGUGGUUGAAACUAUUGAAACACCUACACAAAAAAUUAUUAAAAAGAAGAAACAACCGAAGGAAAAGGAUAAGCAUGUAAAAAUAGCUGAGGAAGUGGAACAAGUAACCGAAAUAUUUGAAACACCAACCAAAAAAGUUAAGAAAAAGAAACACGCGACUGGAAUCGAUGAUGUUCUUGAAGAAGUUGUAGAGGAAAUUUUAGCGGAGAAACCAAAGGAAGAGAAAGCUAUAACUGUUGUGGAAGACAAACAGGAAACAGUAAUGGUAACAGAGAUAAACGUGCAUGAAGCACCUCUUAAAGUACCAGAAGAAAAACCGGAUAUCACAGAGGAAAUAAUAGAGAGUAUCGAGACACCUACAAAAAAGAUUAUUCGAAAGAAGAAAAUAACAAAAGAUAAACAUGAACAAAUUGUAGAAGAAAUUGUGCAAAAACCAGUUGAAGAAACCGAAAUAAUGGAGAAAGAACAAAUAGUCGAAAUCAUUGAAACGCCAACAAAGAAAGUUAUAAAGAAGAAAAGAGCGAAAACUCUUGAUGAUAAAGUGCCAGAAGAAAUUAUUGAAGAAAUUAUUAUAGAGAAACCGAAGAAGGAAAAGGCUGAAACUACAUUUUCUCCAAGGGAAAGCAUCGAAGUAACGCAAACAUUAACUGAAUCGCCCGUUACAGAGUUAACAGAAGAAAAACCUAAGCCAAAAGAAGCUACAGUGCACGAAAUUGAAGAGGAAAAGGUUACAUUAAAAAAAGUAACAAGAGAAGAAACAAGCACAAUUCCUACUCAAGAAGAAAUAACUCUCGAAAUUAGUAAGGAAAUAAGCGAAAAACCAAAAGAACAGCAAGCGCAACCGACCAUUAUAACGAAAGAAGGGCUGAAAGUUACUGAGACAAUUCCGGAAACGACUACAGAGGGACUUCUUGAAGAGACAAAACCAACGAAAGAAACAGUAGUUCAAAUCGAAGAAAUGCAACAACAAGCUGAAGUAAAAGAGGUUGCUGUAAAGAAAGCGCCUAAAAAAAUUAAACCAAAACGCGCGGGUGAACAACAAGUUGAAGAAGAAAAAGUUGUUGAAGAAAUUAUUUCAAAGAAACCGAUAAAAGAAAAAGCAAAAAAAUUAAUAAUUGCACACGAAGAAAUAGAAACUACCGAAACUGUUCCUGAAAUGGCAGUCGAUAAACUUGAUGAAGAUAGAAGACCGCAAGAAGAACAAGCCGUAUCUACAAAAGAGACGGAAGAAGGUAUAAAACUAACAAAAGUAACUGUAAAGAAAGCGCCGACGGAGAAAAAAGUUACAGAAAGUAAGGAGGAUAGGCCGAGUGAAACAGUGGAAGAUAUUGAGUUGAAGAAACCUAAAAAGGAAAAAGCUAAAGAAGAUAUAAUGUUAAAAGAGGGAAUCGAAAUUACAGAAGUGACACCAGAAAUAGUACCUGAGGAACUUAUAUCAAAAGAGCUACCUACCGAAAAGAAAGCAAAAUCGGAUGUCACACCGAUGGAAAGUAUUGAUGUGACUGAAGUUACUACGGCUAUGGCAAAUGGUGAAGUAUUCGAGAAGAAAGAAGUUGAAAUGGUUAAAGUUGAAGUAAAAGAUGAAAAGGAGAAAAAAUUAACUCGUGUUAAAAAAGAGAAAAUUAUCCCGGAAAAGAAACCUAUUACCGUCGAAGAGAAACAAGAAGAAGAAAGAGUGGAAGAGAUAUUAUCAAUAAAACCUAAAAAGGAAGAAACAAAGAUCAGUGAAGUUCUACCAGAUACCUUGAAAGCGACAGAUAUUACUCCGGAAAUUAAGAUUGCAAAAAUUCCAGAAGAGAAAAAACCCAAGGAUAAAGAAGUAGAAAUACUGCCUGUAGAAAAGAAAGAAAUUGAAAAACCAAAAGAAGAAAUUGUCUCUACUACAGAGGAAAAACCUACCGAUAAAACGAUCGAGGAAAUAAAAGAAAAAAAGAUUGUUAAAAAGAAGAAAAAGAAACCUGCCAAAAAGGAUGAUAUAGAAGAAUGGGUAGAGCCCGAGUAUGAACGACCCGUAUUAGAACCGAUGCCUGAGAAAAUUCAAUGGGAGCCAACGAAAAAGAAGAAAGAAAAGAAAGUAUUACCCGAAUCUGCGCAAGAAUUAGUCCCGCAAAUGAUCGAGAGGAAAGAAAUCAAACCUACCAAAUUAAAAUACACUGAACCGGCAGAAACAGUUCAAUUCGGAAUGAUUAAAUUAAAGAAAGUAACAAUUGUUAAGAAAAAAGAAGUCAGCGAACCUAAAUUUCCUAAAAUCAUGUUACGUAGCAGAAUUACAUUCAUCGGUGAUUAUCCGGCAGAAUUACAGAUACCAAAGAUUACGUAUAUCGAAGAAAAUCCAGUCCAAGUUGGUAUUCUAUCUAGAAAUGCAGAAGAAGCUAUAGAAGUGUUAAAGAAAAAAUUUAAAAAGCGUAAGAUGUCAGAGAAAGAAUUAACUGAAUUAGAAAAAUUAGAUAAGGAAUUUGAAGAGCUGAAGAAAGUUCCCCUUGAGAAAAUAGAAGAUAAAUCUAUUUACGAACGAACACCUAAAAAGCCGGAGAAAACACCAGAAGAACCACAAAAGCUCGUUAUAGGAAAAGGUGAACCAAAACAAGAACCUGAAGUUGCACCAGAAGAGGUUAAACUAAAGAAAAUUCCAGAAAAGAAACCAGAAGAGAUAACGGAAUCCAAAAAGAAGCCUAAAAAGAAAGAAACAAUAGAAGAUGUGCCACAAAAAGAAAAAGAAAAACCCAUAGAAAAAUUAGAACAUGAUGAAUUCAAGCCAUUAGAUUUUGAUAGACCAGAAAUUGAGAAAUAUGUACCUGAAGAAUUUGAGAAACCAGAGAAACCAGAGCCUGAGCCUAUCCUGAAGCCGUAUGAGAAACCUAAGAAAAAGAAACCUGAUCAAGACAUAGAACAAAUUCCGCUAGAAAAAGGAAUACCAAAACCAAAGGAACCCGAGGAGGAACCUGAAGUUAAAUUCCGAAUACCAACAUCAGAGAAACCAGAAGAUGAGCCUGAAAAAAUAACCUUGAAAGGUUGGAAGAAAGAUAAACCAGAGGAAGAAGGCGAGAUAGAAUAUCCCACUUUAGAAAAAGAAAAAGUUCCAGCAAAAUCCCCGGAAGACAUAGAUGAAGUUACUAUAAAACAAAAAAUAAAACCAAAGAAACCAAAGAAAAAACAAAUAGAACCAGAAGAAAGUACCGAAGAGAUUAAGCUAAAAAAGAUGCCCGAAGAAAAACCAGAAAUUCCAACCGAAGAAGUUUCAGAAAAAAUACCAUUACAAAAGCCAAAAAAAUCAAUCGAAGAAGUCGCAGAAGAAGUGACGAUUCAGAAACCAGUCGUUGAGGAUAAGAAAGAGGAGGUAGAAGAAAUUACUGAGGAAGUCACAUUGAAGAAAAAGCCAAAGAAGAAGCCUGUUACAGAGGAGACUGCUGCUGAAAUUAUUGUAAAGAAACCAGUUCCAAAAGAAGAAGAGCAAGUGCCGGAAGAAGUAACUGAAAAAGUGGAAUUAAAGAAACCGAAAAAGAAACCGGUGAAGGAAGAAGCCGCAGAUGAGGUGACGAUUAAGAAACCAGUAGUAGAGGAAAAGAAAGAGGAGGUAGAAGAAAUUACUGAAGAAGUCACAUUGAAGAAGAAGCCAAAGAAGAAGCCUGUUACAGAGGAGACUGCUGCUGAAAUUACUGUAAAGAAACCAGUUCCAAAAGAAGAAGAGCAAGUGCCGGAAGAAGUAACUGAUAAAGUGGAAUUAAAGAAACCGAAAAAGAAGCCGGUAAAGGAAGAAGCCGCAGAUGAAGUGACGAUUAAGAAACCAGUAGUGGAGGAAAAGAAAGAGGAAGUAGAAGAAAUUACUGAAGAAGUCACAUUAAAGAAGAAACCAAAGAAGAAGCCUGUUACAGAGGAGACUGCUGCUGAAAUUACUGUAAAGAAACCAGUUCCAAAAGAAGAAGAGCAAGUGCCGGAAGAAGUAACUGAAAAAGUGGAAUUAAAGAAACCGAAAAAGAAGCCCAUAAAGGAAGAAGCCGCAGAUGAGGUGACGAUUAAGAAACCAGUAGUGGAGGAAAAGAAAGAGGAAGUAGAAGAAAUUACUGAAGAAGUCACAUUGAAGAAGAAGCCAAAGAAGAAGCCUGUUACAGAGGAGACUGCUGCUGAAAUUACUGUAAAGAAACCAGUCCCAAAAGAAGAAGAGCAAGUGCCGGAAGAAGUAACUGAUAAAGUGGAAUUAAAGAAACCGAAAAAGAAGCCGGUAAAGGAAGAAGCCGCAGAUGAAGUGACGAUUAAGAAACCAGUAGUGGAGGAAAAGAAAGAGGAAGUAAAAGAAAUUACUGAGGAAGUCACAUUGAAGAAGAAGCCAAAGAAAAAACCUGUUACGGAAGAGACUGCAGCUGAAAUCACUCUAAAGAAACCAGUUCCGAAAGAAGAAGAGCAAGUGCCGGAAGAAGUAACUGAAAAAGUGGAAUUAAAGAAACCGAAAAAGAAGCCAGUGAAAGAAGAAGCCGCAGAUGAAGUAACGAUUAAGAAACCAGUAGUAGAAGAAAAGAAAGAGGAGGUAGAAGAAAUUACUGAGGAAGUCACAUUGAAGAAGAAGCCAAAGAAGAAGCCUGUUACAGAGGAGACUGCAGCUGAAAUCACUCUAAAGAAACCAGUUCCGAAAGAAGAAGAGCAAGUGCCGGAAGAAGUAACUGAAAAAGUGGAAUUAAAGAAACCGAAAAAGAAGCCAGUGAAAGAAGAAGCCGCAGAUGAAGUAACGAUUAAGAAACCAGUAGUAGAAGAAAAGAAAGAGGAGGUAGAAGAAAUUACUGAGGAAGUCACAUUGAAGAAGAAGCCAAAGAAAAAACCUGUUACGGAGGAGACUGCAGCUGAAAUCACUCUAAAGAAACCAGUUCCGAAAGAAGAAGAGCAAGUGCCGGAAGAAGUAACUGAAAAAGUGGAAUUAAAGAAACCGAAAAAGAAGCCAGUGAAAGAAGAAGCCGCAGAUGAAGUAACGAUUAAGAAACCAGUAGUAGAAGAAAAGAAAGAGGAGGUAGAAGAAAUUACUGAGGAAGUCACAUUGAAGAAGAAGCCAAAGAAAAAACCUGUUACGGAGGAGACUGCAGCUGAAAUCACUCUAAAGAAACCAGUUCCGAAAGAAGAAGAGCAAGUGCCGGAAGAAGUAACUGAAAAAGUGGAAUUAAAGAAACCGAAAAAGAAGCCAGUGAAGGAAGAAGCUGCAGAUGAGGUGACGAUUAAGAAACCGGUGGUGGAGGAAAAGAAAGAGGAAGUAGAAGAAAUUACUGAAGAGGUCAUGUUGAAGAAGAAACCAAAGAAGAAGCCCGUUACGGAAGAAGCUGCUGCCGAAGUCACUGUAAAGAAACCGGUUCCUAAAGAAGAAGAGCAAGUGCCGGAAGAGGUAACUGAAAAAGUAGAAUUGAAGAGGCCGAAAAAGAAGCCGGUGAAAGAAGAAGCCGCAGAUGAAAUUACAAUUAAAAAGCCUGUUAUAGAAAAAGAAGAGGAAGAAGUAAUUACUGAAGAUGUUUUUAUUAAAAAGAAACCUGCUAAGAAAGCUCCUGUAUUAGAGGAAAUUGAGGAGACGGCCGUAACGCUAAAGAAAAAGGAACCUGUUCUGGAACAACCUAAAGAAGAGGAAGAAGUGUCUACAGAUGUUUUAUUAAAAAGAAAGAAACCUACUCCGAAAAUCGAAGAAGUUAUCGCAGAGGAAUUGACUAUCCAGAAAAUUGAAGAAGUAGAAGAACCGAAAGAGGUAGUCGAGGAGUUUACAUUGAAACGUAAACCACCAAAGAAGGUACCGAAACCCAUUGAAGAAAUUUACGAAGAUGUUACUUUACGCAAAUUACGACCAAAAAAGAAACCCCGACCGGAUAUCAAAGAAGUCACCGAAGUAGAAAACGUAACAUUUAGACCACGCUCUACAAAAAUGAAGGAAGAUGUGGAACAAGAAUUUAAGAUCUCGUUGAAUACAUACGAAGAGGAAGAUAUUUCUAUGUCCGGUAAAGUCCGUCUAAAGCCAAAGAAACGUCCGCUUACAUAUUCUGAAGAGACCGGCGAAGAAACGAUCAAAAUUAUUCAAGAAAUCGAAGACGAUUCCGGACCGGUCGAAGAAAUAAUUGAUGAAUCAGAAGAAGAAGGUAAAGAAGAAUAUAGUGUCGAGGAGCUCGAUGUCGACGAAAUGAGGAUACCGUUAAGACGCCGAAAGAAGAAACAGAAGGCUCCAUAUACCGUAGAAGAGAUUGAAGAAGAUGACGUUAAAGUGCAACUGAAACGCGAUAGGAAAUUUUCCUACGAGGAAACUGAUGCCGAAUCUUUGGCGCUGAAAUUGAAAAGCAAGAGACGUGUCUCGACGUAUGAAGAAGAAGAAGCAUCUCUCAGCAUUACUAGGGAAGAAGAGAUCUCCGUAGAAGAAUAUGUUGUUCGUGAUGGUGACACGAUGUUCUCAAUUUGUUCUUACGAGGCCGAAACAGAAGAAGCUAUUAAUUUGGUCGAGGGAGAGAAAGUUUAUAUUAUUGAUCAUACCAAUCAGGACUGGUGGUUUGUAAAGAAGCAUUUGACCGAGGAAAAAGGCUGGGUACCAGCGCAGUAUCUACUAAAUGAAGUGCAUUACACUAUUUACUUGCAACGAAAACUGCACGAGAAAAUCGAUAAAUUGCCAAUCUUUGAGAAGCCGGGCCCAGGAGAAAAAGCAUCAGCUCCAAAGUUCAUCGAGAAAUUACAACCAAUCCACACACUGGACGGGUACACCAUUCAAUUUGAGUGCCAAGUAGAAGGCAUACCCAGACCACAAAUAACAUGGUUCCGCCAGACUGCUAUUAUUAAACCGUCCGUCGAUUUUCAAAUGUAUUAUGACGAAGAUAACGUUGCGACCUUAAUAAUCAGAGAAGUCUUCCCAGAAGACGCCGGUAUGUUCACUUGCGUCGCAAAGAACGCUGCAGGCUUCGCAUCAAGCACUACCGAGCUCAUCGUCGAGGCACCAUUAUCUGAUCACGGAUCAGAUAUCACUGGUCCAUCAAGGAAAAGUCUUUCGAGAGAAUCAUCUCUCGCCGAUAUAUUGGAGGGUAUACCACCUACAUUCUCUCGAAAACCAAAAGCAAAAUAUGUAGACGAAGGUGAUGAUGUGUUAUUGGAGUGCCGACUAGUCGCGGUGCCCGAGCCAGAUAUAACAUGGUAUUUCAAGGAUACCCAGGUGGUCAGUCAACAAAACAUCGUAGUCGCGACCGAAAGUGACAUGCACAUGUACUGCAGCAUUGUGAAGAUCAGCAAAAUUCAAAAGAAGCAAGAGGGAAGAUACAAGAUUGUCGCAAAGAACAGGGAAGGCGAGGCCAGUAUAGAUAUCCCUGUGAAGGUGAAGACUGGAAAGAGCGAGCCGCCCGAAAUCUUGGAGCCAUUACAAUCUUACAUAAUCAAAGAAGGCGAGACUGUUGUCUUAUCCACUCAAAUAGUCGGCAAUCCAUCGCCCAAGAUAACAUGGUACAAGGACGGAAAGCCGGUGAAAGGCUUGCAACCAAAACAAGACAGACAUGUCAAUACAUUGAGUCUGAUUCAACCUCAGCUAGGAGAUACUGGGGAAUAUUCGGUCACCGCUGUCAACGACAUGGGCACAGCUGAAACACGAGCUACGCUGACCGUUGAGAUUAAUACCAAGUCUACACUCGUUGCACAGUCUACGAACGACAAGCAUGUUUCGUUCGUUCAGGAAGUGCCGCGUGGCGCACCGGAACCUCCGCUGUUCACUGAACGCUUCCAAGAAGUCGUUGUGCCGGAAAAAGGUACCUUUAGGUUAGCCGCCAAAGUCAUCGGGAACCCCGUCCCGGAGGUAACUUGGCUCAGGAACAACAAGCCGCUUGAAAAAUCACCCAAUAUUACGGAAAGUUAUGACGGCGAAAAUAUUCUACUCGAGAUUAGAAAUGCGGAUUCCGAGACAGAUGCUGGCGAUUACAAGUGCGUAGCAAGUAAUCCGGUCGGCAAAGCUUCUCAUGGCGCGAAAGUCACGGUGGACGUCGCCAAAGUCUCCUUCACGAGAGAGUUGCAAAGCAAAAUCGUGGUAGACGAAUAUAAAACUCUGGAGCUGAACUGCGAGACAUCCCACACUGUUUCUACAGUUUGGUGGCACAAUGACAAAGAGAUCAGCGGAAUGGAUCAUCGCGAGGUGAUUCAAGAAGGACGUGUGCACAGACUAGUCAUCAAGAAGAGCGGUGUUGCCGACGCAGGAACGUACAAAUGCACCGUCAAGAACCAGGUGACAUCUAGUAACGUUACAGUCAGGGCCACCAAGCCGGAGUUCGUCAGGAAGCUGCAGGACUUCGAAGUGAAGGAGCGUGACGUGGCGAUUCUGGAGGUUGAGAUCACGUCACAAACGGCAGACGUUACAUGGCGGAAAGACGGCGAAACGCUGACACCUAGCAAGGGCAAGCUGGAGUUCGUUAAAGACGGCACCGUCAGGAAACUUCUCAUCCGUAGCACAUCGGUGCACGACGAGGGAGAAUACAUUUGCGCCCUGCCGGAUGAGGAAUGCGCGGCGGAGGUAACGGUUGUCGAAUUGCCACCGGAGAUCAUCACUAUGAUGCAGGAUGUAAAUAUAGCUAGAGGCGAGAGAGCAACCUUCGAGAUCGAGUUGACAAAGGGUGACGCUCUGGUACGCUGGUUCAAAGACGACCAGGAGCUGCAAUUCUCCGAGCAUGUGCGCCUGUCGAUCGAUGGCAAGAAGCAGAAAUUGAAAAUCUACGACACGGAAGUGGAAGACGCAGGAAUCUAUUCUUGCCAAGUCGGGAAGCAAACUUCUUCGGCCAGACUGACGGUCGAAGAACCCGAAGUAGACUUCAUUAAAAAACUGCCGGACGUCACUCUGGUGCCUCUCAACACCGACGCAACCUUCCUUAUCGAAUUGUCGCGUGCCGAUGUGCCGGUGACGUGGUUGAGGAAAAGCGAGAUCAUCAAUCGCAAGCAAACUAUCAAGUACGACAUAAUCGAUGAAGGCAACGUCAAGAAACUCAUCGUUAAGAAAUGCACAACUGAAGAUAUCGCCGAAUACACCGCCGUAGUUGCCAAUGUGAAAACAUCAUCCAGAUUGAAAGUCGAAGUUAUCGAGACACCACCUAGGAUCAAUCCCGACACGCCCACAAAAUAUAAAACGACAAAAGGCGAAGAUAUUGAGGUCGUCGUGAAAUUCACGGCAACUCCAACACCAACUGACGAAUGGACGGUGAAUGGUCACGUUCUUAAGAAAUCUAAACGAAUUAUCACAUCCAUCGAUGAAUGUUCCGCCGUCUUAACGAUCAGAGACAUACAAGAAAAAGAUAUCGGUGAUUAUAACCUGAGGUUGACCAAUUCCCAAGGAGAGGACAGCAUAGAAAUUAACAUCAUCGUCAUGCAGGUACCCGGAGCACCAGGAACUCCCGAGCCUCUUGAGAUAACUGACAACAGCGUUACACUUCAUUGGAAACAACCAGAUUCAGACGGACAUUCCCCAAUCGUGGAAUACAUUCUAGAAUACUGCGAAAAGGCGGAAUCUUCAUGGAGCAAAGUCACGGAGACGAUAAACGAUACCACGCACAAGCUGACCAAGCUAACCACCAACAAAGAGUAUACCUUCCAUGUGACGGCUGUCAACGAGGUUGGACCGGGCGACACGUCACCAAAUACACCGUAUCUAAAGAUCUCCAAACUAUUAGCGUCCGAACCACCUACCAUCCUCGAGCCGCUCCAAAGCAUCGUGAUCGGAUUGGAAGAGACUGUCACGCUUUCCUGCGUAAUCGGUGGUAUACCGACACCUCGCAUUACAUGGUUUAAAAAUGAUGUUGCCUUCGAAGACAGCAGCAUCACAUACGAAAAUCGCAUGACUAAGUAUACUAUACAACGAACCACAGAAACAUCUUCGGCCACGUUCACGGUUAAGGCUCAUAAUGACGCGGGGACGGCGGAAACGUCGUGUCAGCUGAAGAUUCAGGAAUCUCCGAAGAUAACCUGUGACAAAGAUCUGACUAAUCAGAGGCUACCGGUGGCCGAUAAGUGGCAGAUCGAGAUUCGCUUCAGCGGUUUUCCAAGACCGGAGAUAACGUGGGAGAAAAACAACAAGAAGAUCACCGACAAACGCAUUUCUGUGGAAACGGGGAAGAAUACGUCUAUUAUCUCAAUUCCUUCGCUCGUGAGAGAUGACACCGCCAGCUACACUGCGAAAGCAACGAACGAAGCUGGUAGUUCGUCGAUAGAAUGUCAUCUCCGAGUCAUAGACAAGCCGAGCAAACCCCAAGGACCAGUUAUCGCGAAGGAGAUCAGACAAGAUCGCGUCACUAUUGAAUGGCGACCGCCGCUCGAAGAUGGUGGCGCAGAACUAGAGAGAUACACCAUCGAGAAAUGCGAAGCGAGCAAACAGAUCUGGACAAAAGUGGGCGACGUCGACAAGGAGGUUGAGAGUUUCUGCGCGCAGAAAUUGGAGCAGAACGUUUAUUAUGUGUUCAGAAUAGUCGCUACGAAUGCCGUUGGACCGUCAGAUCCCUUGGAAUCCGAACCGAUCAAAACAAGGACUUCAUUCGAACCACCGGGCCCGCCAAGAGGACCCUUCGAAGUCUCCGGGAUGACGAAGACGUCGUUCACGAUUAAAUGGGAGCCUCCGGAGAACGACGGCGGCACUCCUAUUACGGAUUACAUCGUCGAGAUAAAAGAGACGUCUAAAAAAGCUUGGCGACAAAUCGCCAGUACGAAAGGAGAUAUCACUAACACUAUCGUGUCCGAUCUGAAAACGGACACGUCAUACAAUUUCCGAAUAACAGCUAAGAACAGCGUCGGCACCAGUCCUCCGUAUACAGUAGAAGAAGCGGUCACGGCGGGCAAACGACCGAUGAUAAUAAAGCUUACAGAAAGCAGCAUAUACGCGCUACUAGGCAUAUUCCCAUCGACGAAAAUGGUCGUCGUCAAGACACCACCUUCCUGCCCACUGAACGUGCGAGUGACGAACGUCACGAGCAAGAGCGUCACUCUCAGUUGGUCGCCGCCGAUUAGCACAGGAGGAUCGGAAUUAAUUGGCUACGUGAUCGAGAAGAGGCCGUUAAUCGGAAAAGGCGCCAGAUGGACGAAGGUUGUAACUUUGGACGCAACAACGCAUCAAUAUUGCAUAGAAAACUUGAAGGAAAGCGAGUUCCUCUUCAGGAUCUUCGCGGAGAACAGCGUAGGACUUAGCAUACCGACCAACAGCGAACCAGUCACGCUGAAGACUCAUGCCAACGUUCCAUCACCACCUACAGCCCCGUUAGAAAUGAGACAAAUUGCGGCGAACACGAUGGUCAUCGAAUGGGGCAGACCUGAGUCAGACGGCGGCGCGCCCUUGGAAGGUUACAAAAUCGCUAUCAGAGACGCGAAAAAGACCAUGUGGAUGGAAGUAGGAAGAGUGAGCGCGGACAUCCAGAAGUUGAUGAUCAGAGACUUGCAAGAGAAUCAUGAAUACCUUGUGAGAAUCUUCGCACGUAACGAGAUCGGAUUUAGCGAUCAUUUGGAAUCAGAAGAGCCUUUUAAGAUCAUACCGACUUCAGAAUUGGAGCCGUUUGUGGAGCCAGUCGCAGAAGCUAUGGACAAAGGCGAGACCGCGUCGAUUAGCUUCAGCACGGAAAAUACGAGCUCAUGGUUGCGGGAGCAUAAUAUGGAUGCCGAUAUACAUUCGUACGCGAGAGCGAGAUUACUCCGAAAAGACGAGUACUUCUUCCGCAUUUGGCACUACGCUAAGCAGCUGUUCGAAUAAGCAUUUGUACACGUGUAAAUCUGUCUCUCUUUUUCUCUGAGCAUUCGCAUCGCGGUGUACUAUUUGUACGCAGUGUACAAAUGAUCCCUUCCGCAUUUUUCCAAUUUUGACUUUCCUUAUCGUUAUCAAGCUAUUUGUGUCGCGAGCUUAUAUACACGCCUGACUGAGAUAGCACAAUAUCGAAAGUACCAUUGAUCGUUUUUUUCUUCCCAUAGUACUACAAGUUAGCGAUCGUUAGAUAUAUGAAAACUAAGAUUCACGAGACUAGACGAGUGCUUAUCGAGUGCUAAUCUAGUCAGGAUAGAGUGAUCUUCUCUCUUUACUGUCGAAACGCUCAGAUAACUCACCAGUAUGUCUGUCACACGGGCGACGUCACCUUUUGUCUCGUCGUUCGAAUGCGAUUCUAUCGUUAACUGCUCGUGCAGGAAAUUAUUCAUAGUGAAGGUCCAAUACGCGCGUCUAAUCGCGACCAGUGGCGGACGACGAAGCGUGAAGUGUCCCCUAUAAUCACACGCACAGAAUGAUACAAAAACCGUGGCAUUCUACAAUUACUAACGAUGUAUUUAUAAUUGCGCGACUACGUAACGUUCGUUUCUACUUGUAAGACAAAGCUGAAGCUUGCGAUGGUUACUUUAGUAUUUAUUCUCCACGCAUAUAAUAUAUAUUGACUGUUUCUCGCGUUACUACUACCGUUACACUUAGUUGUUAAUUCUUACGUGUAAUAAUUUAUAUCGUCGAUAAGAUCGACGCACUAAAGGAUAACGAAGCGAAGAGAUACCACGCGUAGUUGGUGAAAGAGACGUAAAAUAUAGGUGCAACAAUAACAUCAUUUGAAUGAAACCAACGACACGUCGUAUACUUCGUUACAACACAACUUCGCGUUACCUAUGUUGUAAAAUAUUUUAUCAAAUAAAUUAUUGCAAAUUA